CUUCACAAGGCGGUAGUGCUUAAACAAUGGGAAUUUCCCCAGGACGCUCAUUGCAGAUUGUGGUUUCAAGCAAUAGUAAGACUGGAAGGCUCCACCUCGCCUGAUCCUCAGCUGUUUGUACAACUCAAGGAAGAACUGAACAGGGACUUAACCAUUUCCUGUUAAUAUAAAUGCAGGUAUCUACAGUAUGUGAGUUACCUAUGAGUUAGAGCAAAUUAUGCAUGGUUUAUAAUGACCAGUUUCCCCGCAGGAUUAUAAAAUCUGCAUAAUUCUUUAAUUUAGGGUUAACGUAGUUGACUAUUCUGGAACUUUAGCACCUGUGUAUUAUACUAUGUGAAACGUGGUUAGCAAUGUUGUUAGUGAAGUGAUAAUUGUCAAAACUUCACAGCGAAUUUAAAAUUUUAAAGCAGGCAAACUGAAAGGACAUUUUGACCAUAAAAUUUUAAUUCACUGUCACUCCAGAUGUUGUGGACUUCAUCUCCCCUGAUGUUUUGUCAGUAUUAUGGCUGUAAGAGGAUUAUGGGAGAUGUCCACAUUUGGGUUGCCGAAACCCCUGCUUUAGUGUAUAAACCUGGACGUGUUUGAAGUGUGUACUCUUAAAGGGCAAGUGUCACCUCAAAACUAUUUUUAAUAUAGUUUUAAUAUAAUAAUCAAUUCAUCAUGUUUUCAAAGGAUAUAGAUUUAUUUACUUGUGCACAAAUCCCUUUUAGCUGAGCUGAACCUAUCAAAUGCCUGUCCAUCCCCGAAUGAAUGAAUUGAUUUGUCAUGCAAAUCGGAACGAAUUGAUUAGUUUAUGUAUGGAUGAUAGGAAUUUGAUUUGUUUGUGCGGCUGAAAGGGAUUUGUGUACAAGUCUAGUGGAUGCCCGUAUUAAUUAUUGAAUUCAGGUGUCUCACUCAUUGCUAACAGGUGCAUAAAAUACAAUAUGUAGACACGAAAUCUCCAGAGAUAAACAUUGGCAGUACAAUGGGUUGUACUGAAGAACUCAGUAAUUUUAAAUGUGGAAUUGCCAUAGCAUGCCACAAGUCACUUUAUAAAACUAAUGCCCUACAAGAUUUGCCUGGGUUAACUGUAAGUGCAGUUAUUGUGAAGUGGAAGCAUCUAGGAAUCACAGCCCAGCUCUGAAGUGGUAGACCAUACAUGCUCAGAGCGGGGAUAGCAAAUGCCUAAAGAACCACUACAGUCACCCUGGAUCUCAGUAAAGGGUUCUUUUAGGUUUAACCCUUCAAUGUGAAACCGUGGGUUUUUUUAUUUUAUUUUUAUUGUUUUUUUUAAGACACUGCAGUGUUUACAUUCCUGGGUUAAAGGAACACUGAGCACCAUAACAACUUAAUGGAAAUGGUCCCUUUAGGGUUUACUGUUCACGGACGGUCUAACCACUUAGUCUUUGUUCCAGUGUUGGACCUCACUGCCCCAUGUCCUUAUGUUUGCUGAAAAGCUUCAAAACUGGAGACUAUGGCAACCACUUGCAGGGGCAACAGAGAUCUCACUUUUGGCUCUUCAUGUAUAGUCAGUCAAACAUGUCAGUUGUCUUAAAGGACCACUAUAGUGCCAGGAAAACAUACUCGUUUUCCUGGCACUAUAGUGCCCUGAGGGUGCCCCCACCUUCAGGGUCCCCCUCCUGCCCGGCUCUGGAAAGGGGAAAGGGGUAAAAACUUACCUUUUUCCAGCGCUGGGCGGGGAGCUCUCCUCCUUCUCUCCUCCUCCGAUCAGCCCCGUCGGCUGAAUGCGCACGCGCGGCAAGAGCUGCGCGCGCAUUCAGCCAGUCUCAUAGGAAAGCAUUUACAAUGCUUUCCUAUGGACGCUGGCGUGCUCUCACUGUGAAAAUCACAGUGAGAAGCACGCAAGCGCCUCUAGUGGCUGUCAAUGAGACAGCCGCUAGAGGGAAUGGGGGAAGGAUUAACCCAUUGAUAAACAUAGCAGUUUCUCUGAAACUGCUAUGUUUAUAAAAAAAUGGGUUAACCCUAGAAGGACCUGGCACCCAGACCACUUCAUUAAGCCAGGGCCGGCGCUACCUGUAAGGCGGACUAGGCAGCUGCCUAGGGCGCCCCUUGGGAGGGGGCACCGCCAGGAGCGCCGCCCCCCCAUGCUGCAGCCGCCCGAGGGCUCUGUAAAGAGCCUCAGGCGGCUGCAGCUUUGCCCGGGCGGUGCGUCUAUGAGGGCGGACCGCACCGCCCGGGCGCAGCCUGAGGAGAGGCUGACAGGAGGGAAGCGCUCAGCGAUCCCUCCUGUCAGCUCCCUCACUGCAGCGUGGCCGAGCCCUGUAUGGCAUGGUCCGACCGGUACAGAGAGCAGCUGUCUCCUGUACCCGGCCGGACUAACAGGAAGUGAACACUGAGUGUUCACUUCCUGUUAGUCCGGCCGGGUACAGGAAACAACAGCUCCCUGUACCGGUCGGACUAUACUGGGCUCGGCCACACUACCACACAGGUAGGGGAGGGAGGGGGAAGAAAGAGGGAGGAAGGGGGGAGAAGAAAGAAACAGAGAGGGAGGGAGGGGGAGAAGAAAGAAACAGAGAGGGAGGGAGGGGAGAAGAAAGAAACAGAGGGAGGGGGAGAAGAAAAAAAAGAGGGAGGGGGGAGAAGAAAAACAGAGAGGGAGGGGGGAGAAGAAAGAAACAGGGAGGGAGGGGGAGAAAGAAACAGGGAGGGAGGGAGGGGGGAGAAAGAAACAGGGAGGGGAGAAGAAACAGGAGGGAGGGGGGGAGAAGGAAACAGGAAGGGAGAAGGAAACAGGAGGAGGGAAGGGGAGAAGGAAACAGGAGGGAGGGAAGGGGGGGAGGAAGGAAACAGGAGGGAGGGAAGGGAGAAGGAAACAGGAGGGAGGGAGGGGGGGAGAAGAAGGAAACAGGAGGAGGAGGGGAGAAGAAGGAAACAGGGAGGAGGAGGGGAGGAAGAAGGAAACAGGAGGGAGGGAGGGAGAAGAAGGAAACAGGAGGGAGGGGGGAGAAGGAAACAGGGAGGGAGGAGAAGGAAACAGGGAGGGAGGUGGCAAUAAACAGGAGGGAGGGAGGGGAGAGGAAGGAAACAGAGAGGGGGGGAGAAGAAGCGAAAACAGGGAGGGAGGGAGGGGGGGAGGGAAGGAAACAGGAGGGAGGGAGGGGGGGAGGGAAGGAAACAGGAGGGAGGGAGGGGGAGAAGAAGGAAACAGGGAGGGAGGGAGGGAGGGGGGAGAAGAAGGAAACAGGGAGGGAGGGAGGGGAAAGAAACAGGGAGGGAGGGGGGGAGAAGGAAACUGACGGGAGGGGGGAAGAAAGAAACUAACAGGGAGGUGGGAGACAUUGACAGGGAGGGGAAUUGACUGGGAGAGAGAAAUUGACAGGGGGGAGUGACAGGGGAGGGAGGGGGAAUGAGAGUAACAAGGGAGGGGGGGAGAAGAGAGUGACAAGGGAGGGGGGAGAGAUUGACAUCCAUCACACACACACACACACAAUCACACACAAUGCACCCCUUACACACAAAGACAAUGAACCCCUUGCACACAGAAAAACACACAAUGCAUUACACACACAAUGCAUUACACACACACACGCAAUGCAACCCUUACACACAAUGCAUCCCUUACACACACAGAAACACACAAUGCAUUCCUUACACACACUCAAUGCACCCCUUAAACACACUCAAAGCACCCCUUACAGACUCACACACUUCAUCCCUUACAUACACAGAAACACACCUUGCAGCCCUUACACAUACAAACACAGAUUCACACAAUGCAUUCCUUACACACAAAUCAGGACAUCCCCUACACACUCCACCCCCUGUGAACAAACUCAUUGGUGGAACAUGAAGGUGGACCCUGGGACCCAGACCUUGAGCUGUGUAAAGGGCCCCCAAAAAAUGGAGCUGCUUCUCGUUCUCCCAGAACAUUGAUUUUUGUGACCACAGUUACAAACAGCCUCCAGAGAUCCUGUUAUACACCAGACCAGUGGAGCCAGACUGCAGCUAGAGCCCAUCAUCAUCCUCAUCUGGUUGUAAGUAGGUAAUCUAGUAUAUUAUUCGUGGCACUAAUCUCUAAUUUACCUCACAUUAAAGAAACACUAUAGUCCCCAGAACCACUGCACCUUAAUGUAGUGGUCCUGGUGUCUAUAGCCUGUCCCUGCAGGCCUUUUAAUGUAAACACAGCGGCACUGCAGCACUAGCGUUAGUUAACAUGGCAGGUCAUAUGGGUGGGGCAUUGUGAUGUCACGGGGGGGGGGGCCGCAAACUUUACUUUUGCCUAGGGCGGCAAAAAUCCUUGCACCGGCCCUGCAUUAAGCUGAAGUGGUCUGGGUGCCUAGAGUGGUCCUUUAACUAGCCCUAGUCCCAGUUUGGCUCAGACUCAAGAUCUAACCUUUUAAAUGACUAGUACAUUCCUUUCUAACAUUAGAACCUCCAUAAAAGAAUAUUACUCUGGCUGUACUCACUAAUCCGUAUGUUGUAAUGCCUUAAAUUUCAUAGUUCCCUCAACCAGUUAAAUCAACCACCAUAAGCACUACAGCCAACUGGGACCCAGGUUAUUUGUCAUGCUCUGUAUCUACAGAGAGUUACUGUACAAGCCCGUGCAUGCUCAAGGAAUCCUUCCAUGGUGCCAUGUAUGCAAAUGUGUAGCGUGGGUGUUAAAUUGAUCUGCUUGUGUGCCUGGAUAGUCAAGCAUGCAAUGUAAAGGGGAAAAAAAAAACAUUAAAGGAACACUACCAGCACGGCAUCCAUUAUUGUGCAAGACAAGCCUUGGUGCCCUCUAGAGCCAGAUUUGGGCAACUCUUGGAGUCCUGGACUCUUUCUGUUCAUGUUGUGUGUGGCGGCUGAGUUUUAUAUGUGUGGGGGACACUGAGUGUUGUGUAUGUAUGAAGGAAGUUGAGAGCUGUUUGCAGGGUUGAGUGUGCAUUUGUGUGCUGAUUGAGUUUUGUGUGUGGUGGGUGAAUUUUGUGUGUUGAGGGGUCGAUAUUGUCGGGUGGAGGGUAGUCUGUAUGUGGUGUCUGAGUGUAGGGGAAAGUGUUGUUUUUUUUUAUUAUUUUUUUUUUAUUUGCCCCCUCCUGCUUAACUUUUGACGGGAGGUGCAUGUUAUCCCUAUUAGUCCAGUUGAUACCACCGCCUUAGUGGUCUGGUGGGGGAGUGUUUGGUGCAGAUCACUUUACAAGUUCUUUUCUGGUUCCACCGCUUGGCCAAUGACUCAGAGCUCUGGCACUCUGAGUCAUUGAAAAGGUCUGCAACCACAAAGAAGCUCUUAAAGUGAUCUGCACCGACAGAAGUCCAUCCAUGAAAUGAGGAGAGAAAUUAAAUCUAUUGACCUUCCUGCCAGUGCAAAGAAGGUCCACACAAACAGAACACACAUGCUCCAGACCCAGAUAAGGGCCCACCUUGACUCGUCUGAGUCUGUGCCUUAGGCAGUCACCUAUGUUGCCUUAUGGGUAGUCCAGCUUUGGUGACAUCCCACAGUAAGUAGUCAAACCAUUGAUAACUUGGCUAGGUGCCUCUGGGUGCCCAUGCUGCAUUUGGUCAUUAUCUACAGGAGAAAAUGCACGGCUGAUCCAGGACUGCGCUUACUGACCGAAUAUGCUCAGCUGACACUCUCAGCCAAUGAGUGCAACCAUGCAUGGCCUUGCUUGGCUCUGUGGAGCUAAUGAGAUUUUCCUGCAGGAGGAGCAUGGAAGCAGGGGCUCUUAGAAUGGGGACUUGGUCGAGCUCAGGUUAGUUGUCAAACUGUACUAAAACAGUUUUACCACUUUUGCAGUUCCUUUAAAAACAAACAAACAAAAAAAAACACCAGUACAGCCAACAUUUAGUAAACUGAAGUAACAAUUUUGAAAGAAAUCUCAAAUUAAAGUUAAUUUUAGUCUAAAUUUAAAUACUGCACACUUCCCAACAUUGAGCUAUAUUGAGCCUGGAUAGUGGGGGGAAAGUAGGCUUAUAAGUGGUGUACCAGCGAUAUGACUUUUGUCAAUGAUGAUGCCCAAAGGCUUAACUCAUGACAUUGAAAGGUAUGAAACAGGUACUUGGGUGGCCUGUGCCAGUUACACAACAUGCAUCUAAUGACGCAUUUAUUCAGUGGGUUAUGAGGACUUUCUGGUGACUCACAUCUGAGUGAACCAGUGACCAAACCCAGAACAGCAGGAAAGAACCUCAAAUUCCUGACUAUUUCCCACAAUCCGGGAUUGUUGGAAGGUAUGUAUGUGGGUUUUUAUUGCAAGUUGCUGAAACACCCAAUUAAAUACACUGUCUCCUCACUUACCGACCGAGUUCCGUUCUUACGACUCGGUCGUAAAACAAAUAGGUAGGUAAGUGAGGCGCAUUCGCACCAGUGUGUGUCUAUGUUCAGGGAAAUUUACCCAAACGUAAACAUACGCACCAGAGCAGGGAUUCCUUCUUAUCUAUGUUCAGGGAAAAUUCCCCGAACAUAGACCACCUCUCUAACGUGCGAAAUCCCUUGAAUCCCCACGCUAGGGAGCGGGUCAUAAGUGCGAGCCGUCGCAAAGCAAGGACCACCUGUAUACAUUUCCCAACAAUUAAAUAACCAUGAAACUGUUAAACCCUAAUAUUCAUGAACACUUAUGACCUGAUCAUUUUUAAAAGGUAUGGUGCAUAAUGUAUUAGAACACUGGGGCAGAGAUGAAGGAAGUAAGUGAUGGCUAAUAAUCAUAUUUUGAAGGUUGAAAGAAUAUGUGCCCUGUCCCUUUAAGAGGCAUGACAUUGUUUCAAAAUACUACUUCCUUGUUUCCCUUUUCUUUCAUAUAGUGUGGGAGUGACAGACAGGGUAACAGAAACCAGGGCAGCUUUGUGCUUGUCUUUUAGCAUACAGAUUUAAUUAUCGAUCCAACAUUCAGGUCGGUAUUUUAGGAGUACACUGUCCGAAGCAGACCACUCUCUGCAAUAGUGUGUAAUUCUAUGCACUUUAUACUCCUUGUCCUUUCAUUUCUUUCUGUGUGUGUUGCAUUAUGUUUAUAUCGGGCUUUGGUUUUUAUGUUGGUACUUGUAUUUUGAUUAAAUAUAUUUUCAUUGUAAUGAUACUUCUAAUAUGAUUUGGGUCAUACUGACCUGGAUUAUGUUUUCAUUAUUCGGUGAUUUGCAUUGAAAAGAAGAACAGAACAGAGGUAGUUUGAAAUGAUGAAAAUGUGCUUAGUACAAACCUUUGGAGCAUACUGUCAAUUCUGUGCAGAGAUUCAAUUUCACCAGUGUUUUUCUUCCUUCUAACACUUCUGCAUUCUGGUUUUAUUUAGUUCAGAGUUUGAAUGGGAAUAUAUUUUGUUAAAAAUACUUAGAUAUAUAUUGUGCAAUCAAUUAAGAAUCCUUGCCUAUAUUGGGUACACUUUAAAAAAACGUUUUAAAAAAAAAAAUUUUUUUUUUUAAUCUAUCUGCUAGAGUUACUGAUGUCAUUUGCACUUGUUUUAUCAUCAUUUUUUGUGUUGCUUGCCUCCUCUAGCAUAUAAAUAUAACCAUGAUUUUGUGGCGUGCUUUUUUUUUUUUUUUUUGUAUUGGGAAGUGCAUAUAAGCACCGCAGCAUUAGAUUUUUAUGUUUGCCACAAAUUAGUGAGUAGGUAACCCAAUAGUGUUUCAUUGUUUAAAGGAGAACUCUGACAUUUUAAUAUGAAUAUGUGUAUGCGUGACUUCCUUAUUAGUUAGAUUUGCCUUCCUCCCAAUACUAAAAUAAUGACUCUUUUCUCUCCAUAUAAUACGCUCUGCACUGGUCUUGCUGUAGCUCCCCAAUCGCCAUCACUUUGCAGAAAUGCAUUAGCUCAGUGCAUCUCUAUUGCGAGUGUUCUGCGUCUUCAUGCUGAACUUCGGUCCUGCAAACAUUUCAGGACUUAAUAUAGCGUCCUACACUCAUCCCCACACCACACACAAUAUUUAAAGGGUUACUCCAACCACCAUGACCACUUAAGUGAUUUAAAGUGGCCAUGGUGAUAGGAGUCUGUAUGUGCAUAGUUACUGCUUGAAACACUGUUCAUGCAGAGAAAUCUGCACUUUUGUGGUGGGGGGUAGUUGGAUCCAUCGCACAGAUGAAUUUCGCCAGGGCUUGACAGAUUUGAUUUGAAUAUAGGGGCCAGAAAUGCAAUUCCUUAAGGGGCACUAUACUCACCAGAACCGCUUAAUAUUGUGGUUCUGGUGUCUAUAUCCUGUCCCUGCAGGCUUUUCAAUGGAAAUGCUGCCUUUUCAGAGAAAAGGCAGUGUUUACAUUGCUGCCUAGUAACACCUCUAAGUACUCCCUAGUACAGUUCUGUACAGUAUGCAGCACCAAAGUUAAAAGUUCUCCACGCUCUGCUUGGAGGCACUAAACAUUUCCCAUAGAUAUGCAUUAAUUCAAUGCAUCUCUAUGAGGAGAUGCUGAUUGGCGCAGUGUUUUUUUUGCACAUGCGCAAUAGCCUCUCAAGGCUUUUCUAUAGGAAAGCAUUGAAUUGACUGAGGUCAUCAAGAUUGAUUGUGGGGCCAGCUGAGGAGAGACUGACUCAGGUGAGUAAAAACACCUUUCCCCCCUUGGGAGAGCUGUAGUGGAUCCUUUUCCUGGGGUCCAGUGCAGCUGCUGUGAUCCUGUAAUCUUCAUGCUCUUCAUUCUGUGCUCCAUUUUGUGAUCCUGGACAGGAGUGAUGUCAUAUCCUGGCAUCAUAGCAGGGCGCGUGAGGGAGAAGAGCAAGAUAAACACAGAGAUUACAGCUCCCUCGCAGUCCGCUUCAAGGUGUGGGGACCUAAGGCCCAGCACUGAGCGGGAUGAGAAACACCCAGAUACCAAGACAACAUUCCUAGUCCCCAUGGCGACCUGGUGCUUAGCAUUUGUCGAGCCCUGACUAAGGUAGCUUGGAACUCUGUGACGGACUGCUUAAUGUAAAUUUUGUGCAAAAAUGAUGUCUAUCGUCAUAGGCUUGUGCAGCCUAUUGCAUUAGGGUGUGCACCCUAAAGCACAAGCACACGCCACGUGUGUGUGUGUGUGUGUGUGUGUGUGUGUGUGUAUAUAUAUAUAUUACACACACACACAUACAUAUACUGCUGUUAGUGCACUGUGUGAGGGUGCUGAGUGUGUGUGCUGUUAGUGUGAUGUGUUGGUAGUGUGCAAUGUGGGUUAGGGUGCUGGUAGUGUGCUGUGUGUGAGGGUGCGGUUUGUGUGCUGUGUGAGUGUGUAUGUGUGUUAGGGUCAUGUUAGUGUGCUGUGUGUGUGUGGGUGCUGUUUGUGUCGUGUAUUUGUGAGGGUGCUGUUAGUGUGCUGUGUGUGAGUGUGCUGUUAAUGUGAUGUGUGUGUGAGGGUGUUGGUAGUGUGCUAUGUGGGUGAGCGGGCUGUUAGUGUGAUGUGUGUGUGAGGGUGUUGGUAGUGUGCUAUGUGGGUGAGCGGGCUGGUAGUGUGCUGUGUGUGAGGGUGCGGUUUGUGUGUGAGGGUGCUGUUUGUGUGCUGUGUGUGAGGGUGUUUGUGUAUGUGUGUUAGUGUCCUGUUAGUGUGCUGUGUGUGUGUGUGAGGGUGCUGUUUGUGUCAUGUAUUUGUGAGGGUGCUGUUAAUGUGCUGUGUGUGUGUGAGGGUGCUGUUUGUGUCAUGUAUUUGUGAGGGUGCUGUUAAUGUGCUGUGUGUGAGUGUGCUGUUUGUGUGGUGUGAGGGUGCUGUGUGUGUUUGUGAGGGUGUUGUAUGUUUGUAAGGGUGCUGUGUGUGUGUUUGUGAGGGUGCUGUUAGUGUGUGUGUGAGGAUGCUCUGUGUGAGGGUGCUGUGUGUUUGUGUGUGUGGUGGUGCUGUUUGUGUGCUGUGUGUGUGAGGGUGCUGUGUGUGUGUGUGUAGGUGCUGUAUGUUUGGAGGGAUUGUGAAGGAGGGGGCAGAUUAGUAAAUAACCCCCCUCCCUUCUUACCUUAUGUAGGGAGGGGGGAUCAUUGCCGUCCAAGGGAGAGUGAACUCUAGCCUGCGGGGCUAGAGUUCACUCUCGCGAGAUCUGAGCAUUGCCGCGGCAGCGCUCAGAUCUCACGAGAGGAACCUGGCGGAGCUUCUGUCUAGAACUCCCCGGGUCCUCUCCUGCCUCCCUCCAUACUGCUGUGGGCUGGUGAGGUAGAUCUUUGAUCUCCCCGCCGGCCCAUGGAGGCUUAGAGCAGAGCCGGCACAUUUAGAUAGCGCCAGCUCUGCAUGAGCCGACAGGGGAGAUCCGGAGAUCUCCCCUGCCGGCAGGGGUCAAGUCCUGGGGAAUAAAGUGUGGAAACUCUCCCAAGAUUCCCACCCCACAAAAAAAAAAAAAAAUACACUCGUGUAUGUGUGUGUGUGUGUGUGUAUGUGUGUAUAUAUGUAUGUGUGUGUAUAUAUAUAUAUAUAUAUAUAUAUAUAUAUAUAUAUAUAUAUAUACAUACAUACAUACAUACAUACAUACAGGGAGUGCAGAAUUAUUAGGCAAAUGAGUAUUUUGACCACAUCAUCCUCUUUAUGCAUGUUGUCUUACUCCAAGCUGUAUAGGCUCAAAAGCCUACUACCAAUUAAGCAUAUUAGGUGAUGUGCAUCUCUGUAAUGAGAAGGGGUGUGGUCUAAUGACAUCAACACCCUAUAUCAGGUGUGCAUAAUUAUUAGACAACUUCCUUUCCUUUGGCAAAAUGGGUCAAAAGAAGGACUUGACAGGCUCAGAAAAGUCAAAAAUAGUGAGAUAUCUUGCAGAGGGAUGCAGCACUCUUAAAAUUGCAAAGCUUCUGAAGCGUGAUCAUCGAACAAUCAAGCGUUUCAUUCAAAAUAGUCAACAGGGUCGCAAGAAGUGUGUGGAAAAACCAAGGCGCAAAAUAACUGCCCAUGAACUGAGAAAAGUCAAGCGUGCAGCUGCCACGAUGCCACUUGCCACCAGUUUGGCCAUAUUUCAGAGCUGCAACAUCACUGGAGUGCCCAAAAGCACAAGGUGUGCAAUACUCAGAGACAUGGCCAAGGUAAGAAAGGCUGAAAGACGACCACCACUGAACAAGACACACAAGCUGAAACGUCAAGACUGGGCCAAGAAAUAUUUCAAGACUGAUUUUUCUAAGGUUUUAUGGACUGAUGAAAUGAGAGUGAGUCUUGAUGGGCCAGAUGGAUGGGCCCGUGGCUGGAUUGGUAAAGGGCAGAGAGCUCCAGUCCGACUCAGACGCCAGCAAGGUGGAGGUGGAGUACUGGUUUGGGCUGGUAUCAUCAAAGAUGAGCUUGUGGGGCCUUUUCGGGUUGAGGAUGGAGUCAAGCUCAACUCCCAGUCCUACUGCCAGUUCCUGGAAGACACCUUCUUCAAGCAGUGGUACAGGAAGAAGUCUGCAUCCUUCAAGAAAAACAUGAUUUUCAUGCAGGACAAUGCUCCAUCACACGCGUCCAAGUACUCCACAGCGUGGCUGGCAAGAAAGGGUAUAAAAGAAGAAAAAUCUAAUGACAUGGCCUCCUUGUUCACCUGAUCUGAACCCCAUUGAGAACCUGUGGUCCAUCAUCAAAUGUGAGAUUUACAAGGAGGGAAAACAGUACACCUCUCUGAACAGUGUCUGGGAGGCUGUGGUUGCUGCUGCACGCAAUGUUGAUGGUGAACAGAUCAAAACACUGACAGAAUCCAUGGAUGGCAGGCUUUUGAGUGUCCUUGCAAAGAAAGGUGGCUAUAUUGGUCACUGAUUUGUUUUUGUUUUGUUUUUGAAUGUCAGAAAUGUAUAUUUGUGAAUGUUGAGAUGUUAUAUUGGUUUCACUGGUAAUAAUAAAUAAUUGAAAUGGGUAUAUAUUUGUUUUUUGUUAAGUUGCCUAAUAAUUAUGCACAGUAAUAGUCACCUGCACACACAGAUAUCCCCCUAACAUAGCUAUAACUAAAAACAAACUAAAAACUACUUCCAAAAAUAUUCAGCUUUGAUAUUAAUGAGUUUUUUGGGUUCAUUGAGAACAUGGUUGUUGUUCAAUAAUAAAAUUAAUCCUCAAAAAUACAACUUGCCUAAUAAUUCUGCACUAUAUAUAUAUAUAUAUAUAUAUAUAUAUAUAUAUAUAUAUACGCGUACACACAUACUCACACACACACAUACACUCACACACAUUCACAAAUUAUUAUUAUUUUUUUAAUUAAAAAUUGUCCACCCAGCCUCCCUACCUGGAGAGCUGGCGUGGACUUGUCCCUGGGGUCCAGUGGGUCAGACGCCUAUCUCCAUACAACAAGCGGCGAGGGAGCGGUGUGCUCUCUGCUUCCUCUCACCGCGCGGGCUGUCUGCUCUCCCGCCAUCAGCAAACAGCGCGGCGAGAGAAAGCAGAGAGCACACAGCUCCCUCGUCGCUUGUUGUAUGGAGAUAGGCGCCCGACCGGGGGGAGGGGUGUCCAUCACCUCUUCCUCCCCCCCCCAUGACAGGGGGAACACAGGGGGAGGAGGAGGGCAUUUGGGGGCGGCAGAGUGCCUGCAGGAACAGCAGGAACGGCACCCGGCGCACGCCUAUGUCUAUCGUUAGAGUGCUGACCACACAUAAUGAUCUUUUCCCUUGCACGCAGCAGUGAUGGAAAUACCACUGGUGCAGCCGGUGUAACUACACUGGGGCCUGAACGCUGGAAGGAGCCCAUCAGGUGGCCCAUGCAUUUAGGGCCACCGAUGUGUAUUAUUGGUGAAGAAGGGUCCGGUCAGGUGCAGCGGGCCUUUAAGACAGCGACUGGGCCUCUUUCACAUCGGCAGUGCUGGGAGGAAGUGAAAGAUGGCCAUUUCCUUGCAGCAGCAGGGCCCGUUGGCUAUCUCUUACAGGGUUCCUGCCAGGUUUACUAAUUUACCCUCUGUCCACACUCCUCUGCGGCAGCACUAGGAAGAAGUGAUAUCACAUCCUGUCACUUCCUGCUAGAGCUCUAUGAAAGCCGCGCAGGAGGGAGCACUGGCAAAAUUCAGAACCUGGGACCUGUUUCUGCAGAGCGGCCAGCAAGAUGAAGUAGUGAAUGAAGAGAGAGAAGGGGCAUGUGCAUAUUCCUACAAUAAAGGUGAGAGUGUGUGGGCCUCUGUGUGUAUGUGUGGACCAGUGUGUGUUGGUCACCGUGUGUGUUUGUGGUUCACUGUUUGUGAGUGUGGGCCACUGUGUGUUUGUGUGGGCCGCUGUGUGUUUGUAUGUGUGGGUCGCUGUGUGUGUGUGGGCCACUGUGUGUAUAUGUAUUUAUAAACAAAUAUUUGUGUAUCUGUGUGUGGCAGUGUGCAUGUGUCUGGCAGUGUAUGUUUAUAUGUCCAUACAUCCCAGCAUUCAAACACAACACAAUAAACAAAUACACCCCUGCAUUCAGAUGCCAACAGUGCACACAAAUGCACAACUGCAUGCAAACACUACUUGCAAAACGCACCACUACAUUCAAAUGGCAACAAUAAUUACAAAUACUCUCUCUGCAUUAGUUCAGCCACUGACAGGCAGCAUUUCCUCUGUGAGCUCCUUCCAGCCUCCCUUUUUUUACUAAAAUCGAUUUUUAAAAAUCCCCUUUUAUCUCUGGUUCCCCCCUCUGGCUCUUUGAGAAGCAUUUGGUUGGACCUUACAAUGGCUCCGUUGGCGUCAGACGGGAAGUGCCGAGCAGCGCUGUGAGCUUUGUUUGGUACUGGAUUACAGGAAGGUUUAAAGUCUUUUGAAAUUUUUUUAAAUGUGGGGGGGGGGAAAGAUGUUUUAAAAAGUGUUGGAGGAACCCGUUAAGUGGCAAUAUACAGAACCAACAAUAUCAGCUCUAUUUAAUAGCAGUUUCAGUUACAUGUCAGUCGUUCUUGUUGCUUUAAAUCUUCAUCAUUAUUGUUUGAGAGUGACAAGACUUGUUCAGCCUAGGGUGGCACUAGACUUUAACCUUGUUGCAACGGUCACUGUAACCUGUAUUUCUCCAACACUUGUACAUUUGGUGAUAGCUGAUUUUAAAGGUAUGUCAGCCGUAUAAAUUUAGCCAAUAUUUUGGGCUUGUAUGACUACUUCUAGAAUCCUCACUAUUGGUGAUGUGGAGGAACCAGACCCAUCAACAUAUACAUAUUGCUGGCUCUGAAGAUUGUGAGUUAAAUUCUGUGGGUCACUUUUACUGUACAUAUUACGCAAUUACAUGUGUGUCCAUUUGUUUCCAUUGUAGAGUCCCAAAGAGGCUAUCAAGACUAUUAAGUGAAUCAGUUUAUUUUUCUUUAGUUUCACUGGUCGUGUAGAAAUUAUUAUAAGCAAAACUGUGCAAAAAUAUUUUUUCUAUUUUUCCCUCUUUCAGAAAAUUUGAAAUAACCCUAAAUCUUGUGUUUGUGUAUAUAUAGGUGUCAGAAGAAACUAAUAUCUGUCCUUUAAAUCACAAUGGAAUGAACAUAUGACAAAAGUGCCAAAAAGGCCCCAAAAACAUAGGAUCUCAGACGACCUUUGUCCACGCACUGGUCAGUAUAGCACCAUUUAAUUUCAUUUAAUUUUACUGAUGGUCUUCCUGUUCUCUAAAACACAUCCUCUUAUGGACACCAGAAUGCAUUUUGAUUUCAUAACAACGGUAUUACUAUCUUAUUUAUGGGGAGAAGGCCAAGCAAUUGUACUAUUAUUUGUUUGAUUAUACUUUUUCCCCACAGAAUCCAUAUGACGUUGCAGACUCCACAUAAUUAGAAAAUGCCUAGCACCCCAAAUUACCUGUGGGAGUUGGAUGAUAUUUUAGGACAAGGUGCCACAGCAUGUGUAUACAAAGCACGAAAUAAGGUAAAUGAUCUGUUGUCAAACCCCAGAACGACUUUGGAGAAAAGUGCUGUCCUUGCAUCAAAUUUCCCUUCUCCUAUUUCCUACCCUUGCUUUUCGAGUGUCUAAAAUGCAUUGUAUAUAGGAUUGCAUCUCAGAACUCUCCCAUAAGCAUAACUCUGAGUUAUGGGUGUUUAAAAUGUCUAAUUGCACAUAUAAUUAAUUAGUUUCUCAAAUAAAAUACUUGACCUUGAUCCACAUUACCUACCCAGUUACUUCAUAAAUAACAAAUAGAAACCCACAGAAAUGACUGUAUUAAGUACAAAGUAAAAAGCGGUAUUUUGUUAUUUGGAAUAUUGGGCGGUGAGGGCAAGUUAACAGAGCUUUAAAACAGCACUGUCAACUCUGCAUUCAAAAUGAGUAUAUUAUAAAAAUAAAAUCUUUAUGAAAUACUCACAUUCACUGGUUUGGCAUUUAAGACAAAGUAGGGACUAUUCUGCCUUAGUAUUUUUUUAUGUGCUUGAUAAAGUUUGACAAAAGGCGGAGCUACCUUUUGUCAAGCUGUCCGUAAUGGUGCCUAAGGAGAAAAAUGCUUGCCGCAUCCUCUAUAGACAUUAGUGUUGUAUACGCUCAUGAGAGUAUAACACUGACAUCGGCUCAUGACAGAUGAAGCACCUGAAGCUGAAAAGGGACUGGCCGGUUCAGGUAAAUCUAACUCACCUUCCCCUGCACCCCUUGGUCACCACACUGCCAGUUGAUUGGUCGCCGUCUGUGGUCUGUUCAAAUUAUGCCAAGAGCUGCUUUAACACACUAUUCUCCGAUUAAAUUCUCAUUCUCCAAACAACUAUUUAUGCUACGUUAAUUUGUAGGGUUAUUCCCUAAACCAUAAAUUGUCCGGAAUCCACCAGGAAAUGUAAUAGUUGAGGCCAAAAUAGCAUGUGUUGAAAACUUCUCCAAAAUACCUAUGUUUCUAGUUCGUCUAUUCUGAUUGUUUGUGAUUUUGUGACAAGAGUAACCCUGCAUUAAAAAAAAAAAAAAAGACGAAAAAACUUUAGCAAGGCAAAAAGUAUUAUCAAUAUAAUAUUUGAGCUCAAUUAAUGUUUCUUUAGAAUACAUCACCUAUUAUAAAUACAUAGUCAUUAAAUGGAAAAAAAAAUUAAGAUUGCAUGUUUCUAUAAAUGAUAGCAGUGAUGACAUCACUUGUGAAAUUAUUCCCCCUAAUGGAUGGUAAAUAAUGCACCAUUUGGCCAUGUUUAGUUCUAGGGUCCUAACAUACAUGUACUGAAACAUACAUAAACAGGACUAUACAUAGGACACAUAUUUGACUCAUUCCCAAGUCUAAUUAAAGGUACACUACACUGUCCAAAUAAAGAACAGGGAAAGAAAAAAACACUGUUUAGUACAUAUACCCCCAAUGAAACCUUGCAAGCAUUUAAUUUUGCCUUUCUUUAUUGGGAAAAGUUGCUGAUCUCUCUGUGAGAAGUCUCGAGCUUAGAUCCAUGAGGUAAACAACAAAGGAGUGACAGGACUGGCUGUCUGGCAGCCAGGGGGUGUAACAAAUGUAAUUUAAUAAAAGUGCCAAUCUCUGCACUUUUGUUAAAAAAAAAAAAAAAAAAAAAAAGGAACACCGUUAAAGGACCACUAUAGUGCCAGGAAAACAUACUCGUUUUCUUGGCACUUUAGUGCCCUGAGAGUCCCCCUCCCGCCCGACUCUGGAAGGGGGAAAGGGGUUUAAACUUACCUUUUUCCAGCGCUGGGCGGGGAGCUCUCCUCCUCCGAUCCUCCUCCGUUCCGCCCCUUUCCUAUGGACGCUUGCAUGCUCUCACUGUGAAAAUCAUAGUGAGAAGCACGCAAGCGCCUCUAGUGGCUGUCAAUGAGACAGCCACUAGAGGAAAUAGGGGAAGGCUUAACCCAUUCAUAAACAUAGAAGUUUCUCUGAAACGGCUAUGUUUAUGAAAAAAUGGGUUAACCCUAGCUGGACCAGGCACCCAGACCACUUCAUUAAGCUGAAGUGGUCUGGGUGCCUAGAGUGGUCCUUUAACACAUAAAUAAAUUCAGCAAGCAGACAUCACCUUCCUUUAACCUUUACACUACUAUAAUACUUACAAGACCCUUAAACCCUACAGUAUCCAUGCCCACUUUCCUAGCUUGGAAAAAUUAUGUAAUAUAAAAGAUACAAUGAACCUGGUACUGAGGGAAAAUAAUGCCGUAUUGGCGGACAUAAAAGGGACACUAUAGUCACCUGAACAACUUUAGCUUAAUGAAGCAGUUUUGGUGUAUAGAACAUGCCCCUGCAGCCUCACUGCUCAAUCCUCUGCCAUUUAGGAGUUAAAUCCUUUUGUUUAUGAACCCUAGUCACACAUCCCUGCAUGUGACUUGCACAGCCUUCCAUAAACACUUCCUGUAAAGAGAGCCCUAUUUAGGCUUUCUUUAUUGCAAGUUCUGUUUAAUUAAGAUUUUCUUAUCCCCUGCUAUGUUAAUAGCUUGCUAGACCCUGCAAGAGCCUCCUGUAUGUGAUUAAAGUUCAAUUUAGAGAUUGAGAUACAAUUAUUUAAGGUAAAUUACAUCUGUUUGAAAGUGAAACCAGUUUUUUUUUUUUUCAUACAGGCUCUGGGAAGCCUUCAAAUAUAAAAUGGAGAAGGAUAGGUAGACUAAAAUAUUCAUUGUCUAACAGGAUUCACCCCCUGUGCCUACAAGAGCACCUAUAGCUGUAAUAGAGCCCAGUACAGAGGGAGGGUAAUGGAGAUAAUUAUAAAUUAUACCUUUUAAACAAUUAUACCUUCUCAAUCAUAGCCAUGGGAGGUGUGGCUAGGGCUGCGUAAACAGAAACAAAGUGAUUUAACUCCGAAAUGACAGUGAAUUGAGCAGUGAAAUUGCAGGGGAAUUAUCUAUACACUAAAACUGCUUUAUUUAGCUAAAGUUAUUUAGGUGACUAUAUAGUGUUCCUUUAAUAAUUGUGUAUUUGGAUGUAUCAAAAUCCCUCAGUGGCAUUAUUUUCCCACCAUACAUGCCUCACCUAUGUUUCAAAUGUACAUAUACUUGCAUGCAUGCAUGCACACAUUUACAUAUCUGCAAUUAAGAGAACAUUUACAAACUUGUUUAAAAGGUAUAAUUUAUAAUUAUCUCCAUUACCCUCCCUCUGUACUGGGCUCUAUUACAGCUAUAGGUGCUCUUGUAGGCACAGGGGGUGAAGCCUGUUAGACAAUGAAUAUUUUAGUCUACCUAUCCUUCAUAUCCAUUUUAUAUUUGAAGGCUUCCCACAUUAUUUACUAUCAGGAAUUAGACAUGACUAUGUUCCAAUGUCCUUUUAGAAAUAGGCAGCGAGUUUCAUCUUUAUACUUAUGCCUGCUAUUUAUGGGAGUUGGAUUCCAGGUCACUACCUUAUUUACCCCACACUCCUGUGAUCAUCAAACCUCUAUUCCAUUGCCUAUAUGUGUGUAACAGUUGUAGGCAGGGAGCUUUCAUUUAUGUGUCUGAAUCCUGUUAUACGCUACAAUAUCCAUUUGGUGCUGAUACUACCAGUUAUUCCCUAGUAUAACACCCCACUGAGACAAAAUCUUGACACAGACAUGUGCAUCGAUUUCUACCCGCUAGGUUGGUGAUACGCUUUACCUUGAUCCUGGAAUAGGUAGUACGAUAGGAUUUACGAAUACUACAUUUUAGUUCUUACUAGGUGGUGAUUAUUCAUUUAGACCUUUCAUAGUCCUAUUUUUUUAUCUAUUUAUUUGGGAUUUUUUUAUUUUAUUUUUCUAUUUUUAUUUCCUUACAUUUGGUUUGUUCACAGCACACGAACACCAUGGUAUUUAAUGUUGGGCAAUUUUAUUAGUUUUUUUUCAUCAAUAAAGUUUUUUUCAUUUUUCAAAUAUGAGAUUUUCCAUUGUCUGGAUUUAAAAUUUUUCCUUUAUUUGUUACCCAUCCCAGCUCUCUCCUGGGUACACUACCUUUUCUCAAUAUACAUAGUUUAAAUUUUUUGUUACCAAUUGUAUACCAAUCCUAUAUUUGGCUUACCUUAUACCCUAUGUUUUUUGUUUUUUUUGAAUAUCAAAUUAGUUUCAGGUGGAAUGGGUUUUCAAUCACAAUUUUUUUUUUUUCUCCAUCAUAACCUUUUUGGCUUUUACUAUGUAUGUAUGUGUAUAGAUCUUUUAUAAAGAGAGAGAACACUUUUUUUUUCCUAUGAUCUGGGGGGGUGGCCAAGAACAUAAUUGUGCUUAAUUGUGUCUUGUCUCUUAUUUCUGCAGAAAUCGGGGGAAGUGGUGGCAGUAAAGGUGUUUAAUAACCUGAGUUAUCACAGGCCGCCAGAGGUCCAGAUGAGAGAGUUUGAGAUGCUGAGAAAGCUCAACCACAUAAACAUCGUCAAGCUUUUUGCUGUAGAGCAAACUGUAAGCCCUGCUCAUUUCACAUCUUUCACAAUGAGAUAAAUGUGGUGGUAGUUCUCAAAAGCCAUCUCAAAAUCCUAAGCACAGGAGACCAGCAACCUCAAUAUAUUGACAGUUUGUCGUGCUCUUUUGAUAAUUUCUUUUAAUCAAUGUACCCGUUUUAAUGUUUCUUGUCUCUGCUUUGCAUAAGUGUUUACUAUUUUUCAGAUACAUGUCUCUGUUAUAUAGAAACUGAAUCAUAUAGCUCUAUAUUGAAGCCCAAAGAUAACACAUAUAACCGUAAUGAUUCAUUGUUACAAACAAUCCAUUUCUGCUAAUCCUCUCUUAGAACCACAAAUAUGCAUUAUAAUAUAGUUCUCCUUAGUGACCUAAACCAAUAUACCACUUACAUCAUAGUAUAUAAUCCUUUAUUAUGUGCUGUGGUUUUUGAUACUUGAAAUAGCUCCAGGAAUUACCAAUUGAUUUUUCCAGUCUAACAUCCUUCUCUUCUGUGUUCAUCAAUCUCCUUAUGACUAUGACCACCACACAUCUCCGGUGGUUGUUCAUUCAAUCGUUGUUCCUCCUCUUGCCCAUGUGAUUUCUUUCCAAUGAUUCCUCUGAUUCGCCAUUUUCAUCCCCAGGGCACUUCCCGGCAGAAGGUCCUAGUUAUGGAGUACUGCGCUAGUGGGAGUCUGCUGUCUGUCUUGGAGGAGCCAGAGAACGCUUUUGGACUGUCGGAGUCAGAGUUUCACAUUGUGGUGGAUUGUGUCGGUGAGAUGCCAUACAUUGAGAAGUUCAGGUGUCUGCCUCCCUGAUAUUCAUUACUGCCCAUGUGUCAGUCUACAAAGAAAUCUCCUGACUCAUAAUAGGGAUUUAUGUUUCAUAACCUGUCCAGAGUACUUUGUCAUGAAAAUAUAUGUAAUACCGUUUAGACAAACCCUUCAGGACAAGAUGAUGAAGGAAAAUAAUAGGGUAAAAACAACCCACUAUUUUAAUGCAUUAUAUACAAACAAUGAAAAAAUAUAUAUUUUUGCAAAGUUUCCCUCAAUGCACUUAUCAUGGUUGCUACCACUUUACACACUACCUGGUUCCCUGUUUACUGAACCAGGCUAUGUGAUGGUCCAGAGAGAAGAGCGCGAACUCAUGUUCAGAUUAAUUUUGUAAAAAUGUUUUUAGUUCAAUACAAUAUAUUUAUUAACUGUUGUUUUGGGGUUUUUUAAAUGCUUGUAUUUAGAUUUUUUUUGUCUCAUGCUAAAAAAAAGAUUUAACCAAAGAUGGCGCGAUUUUUGUGAUGUGCAAGAAUUGUGUGAGAUCUUGCUCUGUUCCUUCUAUAAUAAUUUGUUCUGUUGAAUUCUCAGUUGCAGGAAUGAACCACCUUCGUCAAAAUGGGGUAGUACACAGGGACAUCAAACCCGGGAACAUCAUGCGUGUGAUUGGGGAAGAUGGACGAAGCAUUUACAAACUGUCAGAUUUUGGUGCGGCCCGCGAGCUGGAUGAUGAUGAGAAGUUCGUAUCCAUUUAUGGGACUGAGGAGUAUUUGGUGUGUAGUUGCUAUAUAUUCCACUUUUCUCCCAAACACACAUUAUAAAAAAACACACAUUAAAAAAACCUGAUUACAUGGCCUACAAAUUCUACAUUUCCUGGCAACUCUACAAAUUCGUUUCAUGUGUCGAGGGAGUAGUUUGCAUUGUAUUGUGUGUAUUGGGGUCUGCUUGUGGUCUUGAUGAAUGAGACUGAGUUGUGUGUGAGAGAAAGAGGAGUGACUGUGUAUGAGGAUUACUGUGUGGGUGUGACAGUGACUGUGUGGGGGUGACAGAGUGACUGUGUGUGGACAUGAGUCUGGGAGAUAGGCCGUUUUUCUGUACAACCUCCCCACACUGUGCGGUUCAUUUUUUUCAAAAUUUAUUUUGCUUUUGCCUCCCUCCUGCUUACCUUUUGGACAUGGAGGGAGCUACUCUUCAUUUCUCUGAGGGUUCAUUCUCUGAGGGUUCGUUCUUUUUUGAGCUACUAAGAGCUCUGCUGUAUUCAGCGUGGACAGUACAAUCCCUAUCUCAGGAUAUAAAUUUCACAGUGAUUAUGUUUUCUCCAUACAAUAAAAUAUGUGGAAACAAAUAGCUGAAAUGUCCAAUGGCGCUGUAUAAAGACCAAUAAUUAUGUAGAGUAAAAAGUAGUUAUCCUACUUACAUGGUCUUGGGGUAUAGAGCGUUGGUGGUGCAACCCCCACCUGGGAUGUAUGGAACCAGAAAGCAAAAUGAGUAGCAGAGUAAAAUCCAAAAUAAAUUAAAUUUAAAAAGGAUCAACUUUAUUACACUAUAAAAAGCAACGGUUAAAAAAAUAGUAAGAAUAGAUAAUCAAAUCCACACUUAACACGUUUUACUUUCAGGUUUCAUCAGAAGUGUGGAGCUCUUGUCACUUUAAGGUCUAAUUUGGAACCUUGAUAAUUUGAUCGUCUCUCAGUGGGAAAACAAAAAUUAAUGUGUACCUUUCUGACUUUGUUAUUCCUCUGUAUACUUUCAUUAAUUAAAUUUUACUCUGUAUUACUGUCCUUUCAAUGUUACAUUUUAAUAUUACAUCAUAAAACAUUUCAGUAUAUUUCAAUAUCACAUUCUGUAUUAUUCCUAAAAUGCCUUUGUGCCUUUGUAGUGUCUGAAAUUACUUAAAUUGUUUUAUUAGCCAUUCUUUACAUGAUAUGCUAUCCUUAAAUAUAAUGGAUAUUAUGUCAUUACUCUGAAGGGUAAAUUUAUUAAUCUGCGAUCUUGUCCAUAUAAUUACUUUAAUACCUUAUCUUUGGGAUGUAGCAGAAAUCAAUCUGUCUCCAAUGUCAUGCUCUGAUGCUUUGCACCCACACUUUGGUGACAUCAUUACUCUCAUUUUGUUUCUUCUCAGCAUCCUGAUAUGUAUGAGAGAGCAGUGUUAAGGAAACCACAGCAGAAGGUGUAUGGGGUUACAGUUGACCUGUGGAGCAUUGGAGUAACCUUUUACCAUGCAGCAUGUGGUAGGCUUCCAUUCAUCCCAUAUGGAGGAACGCGGCGGAAUAAGGAGACCAUGUGAGCAUACAUUUUACAAAAUGGGAACUGGAUAUGUCAGAGUAAAUAAGAAAAGAUUACUUGAUGAAGAGAAGGUAUAGAGUUCUUUGAAACAACCCUGACUCUUUACUUCCUUAGAUGUGCACAAACGUUCAAUUUAAAGGACUUUUCCCCAAAAUGCCUUUUAAUGCAAUAUCCACUUAACUCCCCAUGAUCCUUUGUAAUCUUUGUUCCACCAAAACAAAGCCUCAAGACGCUUUCCAAUUUUUUUUCUCAAUUUAUUGAUUUGAAUAUUGACCAAGCCUUUCCCACUAAUAUACCCCAUAUAUCUUAUAUGUAUAUAUCACUUCCAGGAGGAACAACAUUGAUGAUCUUUAAAAAAAAAAAAAAAAAAAAAAAGGCGGGAAACUCCUUUUUAAAUCCCAUGUAAAACCAUUAAAUUAGAGACUUGGUCCAGAGUUCAAGGAUUACAUGAGAAGCAUCUGAUGCCCAUGCAUACGCUAGUCAAAAAGUUUAAUGGAUAAGAGACUGUUCUUUGUAAAAUAUGUAUAUUCCAUAUAUGAAAAAAAUAUGAAAAAUACAGCAUGGAAUAAUUACAGUUUAUAUGCAGAGAUACUCCUUGAUAAGUGUCAUGACAAGGCUUGAUUGGCAAGUUGUAAUUGAACCUUGUUGAGGUGUACCAAGAUGGAGGUGAGGGGGUGGAGAUCAUUUUAACUAUGGCUCCAUGUGUGAGAGAGAAUCCUAUUCAGACCUGGCACAGCGAGGGCAUACACAACAAACGCGGAUUUGAAACAGAAACAUUAGUUUAUUUCUCCCAUUCUCUGUAUGCUUUCUCUAUGCUUACUGCCAUAGUCAAAGUACAGAGCUUGUUACAAUGAUUGAAAGGGAGCUAAGAGCAAGGCACUUCAGAAUGACUCCCUCCAGUUUCCUUCCACCUAUUAUUAUUGAUUAUAGCCGUCAUUUCAUUUUACUAGUUGUAAAAGCCACUUACGACAUACAAUUGUCCAAAACAGACAUACUCAGACAGGAGUUACUGGAUAUGACUACUAAUGAAGUGGCUUUUUAAAUAAAUAAAUAUAGUUUGUUUUGAGAUUUUGAGUAUUGCGACUGCUUCACAGUGUGGAAUGUCAUGGAGUUUGUGUUGCUAGAGUUUGUGUGCAUAUUGUCUGUAAAUGUUACUGUCAGCAUGUCAAACACACAUGUUGACAUUGUACACACGCAGACACACUGACAGGGGUUUUUUAUGUCAGUAUGUGUGUUUGUCAGUUUUUCUUUGUGUGUAUUCUCAGUAUUUGUCUUUUUGAUGGUUAAUGUUUGUUAGAGUUUGCAGAGUAUAUGCUUGUAAUGUCAGCAUGUGUGUUUUUAGUGUUUCUGAGUAUCCAAUGUCAGUAUGUGUGUGUGAUUUUUAUUUCUGUGUGUAAUAUCAGCAUAUGUGUUUGUUAGUGUUUCUGUGUGUGUGCCAUUUCGGCAGUGUAUUUAUGACUUAGAAUUAAUGGAUAACAGCAACCAAAUUUUAAAGUAAAAAAAAAUAAUCUUGUUUACUCUCCCAAGUAUGGGUAUGAAAAAAUUAAUUCAGCAACAGGCAGCAUACAAAGUGACAGAUUACAUUAGUUUACACGUUUCCUACCCUUGUACUAUAACCAAACUCCACUUUUAGUGAAAAACCAUAAUAUGGAGUACCCGGAGUUAUCAAAUAUCAGUUAUAACAAUACAUUCAUUUUGCACUAAAAGUGGAGUUUGGUUAAAGUACAAGGGUACAAACUCGUAAACUGCUGUUAUCUGUCAUUUUGCAUGCCGCAUGAAUUUUCAUACCCAUACGUGGGAGAAUAAAGAAGAUAAAUUUUUUAACUUUUGAAAUCCAGUUUCUGUUAUCCAUUCAUUUUGUGCAUUCAUUUGUGUGGUUAGACCACCAUAUUCCAUCAGCAAAGGAUUGGGGUAGAAAGCCAGGUAUCCACUGCCUGUGGAAUUAAGUCCGGUGUGCAUAUAUUACUCCAGCGUUGGUGGAUAAUUGAUUACAUUUGGAGAUUGUGAUUUAUAGCCCAUUCUAUAGCCCUCUCCAUCUAUAGCUCCCUCGUCUACAGCCCCCACCAUUUGUAACCUCCUAAAUGUAUAGCCUCCAACAUUUACAGGCACCCCUUAAUACAUUUUAAAGUGGGUGUGGAGCAUGUAUCUGCCACACUAUCUGUUCCCUCCCCUUGGUUCAGUACCUGAAUAUUAUUGUACACUGUAAUAUUAAGGCGAGCACUAGACGGGUGUGUGUACCAGCUCCGUACAUUCACAGAAAUACUAUUGCAACUGUGCAGUGUUAGGCUGUGCUUGUCAGCUACAAAGGGAAAACUUUUAUACCUCCUGCCACUCACCAACAUCCUUAUCCUAUUGCUCUGCGUCAGUACGCUGUCGCAGUGUGUGCAGUAGUUUGACAUCACUGCGUCCAGUAUCUAGGGAGCUGUGCUGAUCAGUAGUAAUUGAGGCACAGCUCCAUGCACUGUCUCUACUCGCCAGAGAUGAGUUCUUCUUCAUGAUCAAAGAUAGGCAUACCAAAAAAGAGGAUAGGGACAUUGCAGCGGGAGUGGGAGGAAGUAGCGUGCAAGGAAGUUGAUGUAUGUGCUUUUAUCCCUCUCCUCUGACAAGACAUACUAUAGACAAAGCCAGUGACAAAAGAUCAAAUAACACAAUGAGGCAAUGGGCUAGGGAUAUAGAAUUAGUGAUUGGUGGACCAAGUAGUCUAGUGGCACGGUUUGGAAAUAAGAAUGUGGCAUGAGGAGGAAGGUGCCAGCUUAGAGAUGAGACAGAGGUGCAAAUAUAUCUACAUUUAGACACACUGACAUUCCACCAAAAUCCACGCCUGUAUUCACACACAUUAUGACUCUCCAGUCAAACACACUCCUCCGUUCACAUUCAAAGAUGUUAUGUUGUGGAUCGCUGUCUAUGGACCAUUAAAAUGCCAUGCAUUUUGUGGUAGUGAGUAACUUUAACCCCUUAAGGACACAUGACAUGUGUGACAUGUCAUGAUUCCCUUUUAUUCCAGAAGUUUGGUCCUCAAGAGGUUAAGGCCUAGUUAGUAACAUAGGCCUUGAAAUGCCAAGCCUGAGCAUGAUAUGAGGCAUACCUUAUCUUCUGAGUUUUGUCUCUCCAGCUCUGUCAGAGGAAAAUUACAAGUUGUGGGGGUGAUGAGUUAACAUCUGUGAGCGGAGGGAGAUGUGAAUGUCUAUUAAUUGUAUCUUGUUGGCACACUGUAUAGGUGAUCUCUUUAUAAAUCUAACCACUUCCCAGAUAGUUUAAAGAAACACUAUAGGGUCACGAACACAAACUUGUAUUCCUGACCCUGUAGUGUUACAAACACAAUCUUUCUCCCCUAAAUAUAGUAAAAUCCUACCUUUAUUCCAGUCUGCUUCUGGCUUUGCCCAUGAUCUGCCUGCAUGGGUGACAUUAUCAGAAGUGAUUCUCUGAGCCAGUCACAAUUCUUUCCCAUUGGAUUGGCUGAGACUAUCAAGAAAGCAGGUCAGUGGCAGAGCCAGCACAAGCCGAACACAGCCCUGGCCAAUCAGCAUCUCCUCAAAGAGAUGCAUUGGAUCAGUGCAUCUCUACGAGGAAAUUUCAGGGUCUCCAUGCAUAUGGUGGAGACACUGAAUGUCACUGUGCAGCACUGCCCCUGGACACACAUCUAGUAGCCCUAGGCUGUAAUGUAAACACUACAUUUUCUCUGGGGAAAAAAAUACCUUGUUUACUGCAAAAAGUCUGAAGUUAAUGAUUAUACUCACCAGAAGAAAUACAAUAAGCUGUAGUUGUCCUGGUGACUAUAGUGUACCUUUAAGAGAAGUGUAGUUGUAUAAUACUGCUAGGGGCCGUUUAGGAUUCUUGUAAUGAUGUAUUAUAGCAGGAACUGUCACAAAAGGGUGAUAUAUUAUUACAAGUAAGUGUAUAAUUUUGAUUUUAUUAGGUACAAAAUAACUACCGAGAAGCCAACAGGUGCAAUUGCAGGAGUGCAGAAGAAAGAAAAUGGCCCUAUCGAGUGGACUUAUGACCUGCCUAUUAAUUGUCAGCUGUCUGUGUAAGUAAAUGUCAUGCAUGUUUGUUAAUGUGUUUAGUUGCCACUUUUUUGUGACAUUGCAAUUUAAAGGAACGCUCUAAGCACCAUAACCACUACAGCUCACUGUACUGAUCUUGUUGCUCUAUCAAACAGUUUGCUAAUGAGUUGAAAACUCACCUGGGAAUGCUAGGCGCCCGUCCUCUAAGAGAGCCAGAAGCGAUCAGGGAACAAGUGAACUUAUCAUGAAAAUGUCAUCAUCAAGGUUAUUCACGAGAGAGAGAGUUAUGUAGAAAUAAAAAUGAACUUUGAAAAGAAAGCAAAAUUUGCCCAACUGGAAGUAUAGCUGACUUUAAGAAUUUUUCCAUUCUUGCUAUUUUGGCCUUAAAUUUUAAACUCUGUUUGAAUUCUCGACAACUCACUCACUAGUGAAUAAUCUUGCUAAUAUCUCAUAUCAAGUAACAAAUGUAUCAUUGAUCACAAUGAUCAAUUAUAGAACUAACUGCUUAAUUAGAUAUAAAGUUUGUACUCCUCUACUUGCGAGUGUGCUAAUGCCACCAUCAAGCCAUCUUCGUGGGUGUUACAUUAAGGUAACUCUUACCCCCCAGCAAAGCGUUCUUUGCACCCUCCACUAAUGGGACUGCUUGUUCUUUUGAACACUUCCACAGGUUGGACUCAGCUCUCCUAAUAAGUCUUUAUGCUGGCUUCAUUGCCAGCAUUUCAAUGUCAGAAUAGAGCAGGACAAACCUGUUCACUGGGAAAAAAAUUAUAGUGGGUGCAGUGUCUGUUUUGUAGCUGUUGUGAGAGAGCAGGAGCACGCUGUUUAGGAAGGCAUGCUCAUGCUUCUCUUCUGUCACUUAACCCUUGAUGUUUAAGCAGUGCUGUUGGUAUAAUCCUCUGUGUCAGGAAGUGAUUGUCAAGAAGGUAGGGAACUUCAAUUUAAAGGGACACUAUAGGCACCCAGACAACUUCUGCAAAUUGAAGUGGUCUGGGUGCAGUGUCCCCCUUAGUCCUGCAAUCUAAAUUAUUUAAGUUUUAGAGAAACUGCAUGUUCUGCAAUGUAAAUCAUUGCAGUUUUAGAGAAACUGCAAUUUUGCAGGACUAAGACUGUCUCUAGUGGCUGCCAAUCAUCCACUAGAGGCACUUAUGGGUUUUACCAGACUUUUGGUUGUCUAACUAAUGCUGGACGUCCUGAUACUCUGCCUGAGGACGUCCAGUGUCAGUAAAAUCCCCAUAGGAAAGCAUUGUGUAUACCCCAGUGUAUACACUUUAACAUUUAACAUUUCACUCUCUUUAAAAAAAUAAAUAAAUUAUAGAGAUUAUUUCAUGGAAUAUUGCACGUAUUUUCUUAUCCUAAUGCUUCUAGCAGCAUUGAUAAAGACUCUCAGUAGACGUCUGGCAGAGCUAAAAUACCUGUGAAGCCUAUUUGCAAUUUUUAUGCGAUAAUUAUCUAUAAAUCAUUGCAGUGUGGAGUGCUAGCUUCCUCUUGUUGUUUUUUGUUUUUGUUUGUUUUCUUCUUUCUUUCAACUGUACUUUCUUUUCAACACAAAUGUCUGCCCAUGUGUGCCAUUUAUAAGUGUCAGAAAUUUCCUCUGUCUGCUUUUCAGGGGGAUGAAGACCCAAUUAGAAGCCAUCCUUCCCAAUAUCCUUGAAGCUGACCAAGAGAAGUGCUGGGGCUUUGAUAAUUUUUUUGCAGAGACAAAUAAAAUGCUUGAGCGCAUAAACUUCCAUGUCUUCUCCCUGCCACAAGCCACCAUGCAUAGAAUCUAUUUGCACCCUUACAGCACGUGAGUGUUCGCAAGAGGUGAUAGAACUUGAAAAUGAAUCACAAUGCAAAUCUUGCUGGCUUUAACGGAUUGGGUAUGCAAUGCGGACACAAGGGGGAAGUCUAACCAUGGGGAAAUUAUAUCUUUCUGUUAAUUUAAAAAAAAAAAAGUAUUCAGCAUUUAGAUUGAUUUAAAAAAAAAACAAAAAAACAUAACAAUUUAACACAUCCACCUACAAUAUUUACAUUCUUAAAAGAUUUGUUCACACCACAGACUUGAAAAUAUGUAAGUAAAAAAAAAAAAAAUUUAAUCAGCAAACUGAUGUUUUCUUAACGACAUGACAAAACAAGACUUGGAAUACAUUUCCUGAUAUUCGUGUACGUCAAAAAUAGCACUUUCCAAAUAAAUCAUCUAAUAUUAGAAAUGUCCAGUUUGAGCCAUUUUGUUUCUUUUAGACUAUUUUCAAAUGUAUCAUUGAUAUGGUAAUUUACAAUGGCUACUAUAAAAAAGAUAUUAAAUAAGAAAAUGUGUGGUUUCUCAAGCAAGUUGUAGUCGAGAUCUUUUGGCCAUGUGAAGGUCGUGGAGAAACAGUUGCAAAUACAACUCUAGUGUUUUGGUAACAUAUGUUUGUGAAAUUUUCUCCAUGAAAACUUUUUAUGUUUUAAAAUUAUUAGAAGGAACACUUCAGCUACCAUAAGCACUGUAUUGUUAUGUAGUGGUUAUGGUGUUAUAAGUUCUUAACUAUUUAAAAAUGAUUUGACAACUUACCUAGGGGUCCUGUAUGGAGCAUACAGGGCCAGCUUCAGAAGAGGAGGUGACCCAAGGUAAAUUGUCAAACCAUUCUUAAAAAGUUUGACUCGUGGUCCCAUAACCACUACAUUGGGUUUUAGUGUCUGUGGUGCUCAGAGUGUUCCUAAGAUUUCUGUGUCUAUUUCUACAGAUAGACGGCUACGUAUCUACGGUAGUUAAAGGGUCACUCUAAGCACCAUCACACAUGUUGUAUGAUUGUACAGUUAGUGGUUUGCAGAACACCCUAAGCCUACUCUUGGCUGUGAGAAUGGCUGUUCAGUAUUAAUAUUAUCAUUUUUGCUACAGGCACAACUUGGUUGAGAACUCUCCCCUCUUCAGAAAGAGAACUGUGCCGCAUAUCGCACAUGUUUAGAGCUGCAUAUGUGCUUCACUUACAAGGACACUAUUGUUACCAAAACAACUUAUGUGCAUCUGUUACAUUUAUGGUUUGUUAUGAUUGAAACUGAUCUUUUGGGAUUCAUUUAGAAUCCCUUAAACUCCUGGUAGUCUAGAAAAAGAUUUCCCUGACUGGAAGUCUCCUCCUGGUUUAGAUUGAUUCUGCCUCCAUCUGAAGGUAAUCACACUAACCAAAGAUUUUUUUUAAAUUUUUUUGGAAUAUCUAUGUAAUGCAUUAAAAAUUAGUAUUUUUCACCCCACAGUUUUCCUGUUCAUGUUUACAGAUUUUUGUGAAAAGUUCACUGUUUUUUGAAUGUGGUUGUUCUUAUGCAGAGAAGUUUAUUGGUGAAAUGCACAUCUAUGAAUAAAUAGCACAUGCUUGAAUUAAAACCAAUCAAUUUUACAAGAUACUGAUUAAAGGGACAGCCCAAGUAACACCAUCACUUGAUAUUGAAAAUUGCAUUGUGUGUCUGAAAUUUAUGUGUUUUGUUUGGUAUUCUCUCUCAUUAUAUCUCCUAUUGCUGUUUUAGAAUGGCUAAUUUCAUGGAAGUGGUAGCCACGUACACAUUCAUGGCUCCAGAAAGACAGACUUAUUUUUAUGAAGGCCACCAUUACUUGAUUAAUCCAGCCUUGGAGGUCCGGGCCUUGCCCAAGACUACAGAGCAGUAUCCUCUUAUACUCAUUGGCAAUGAGUUCCAAACUCUCAAUGGAGUCUCCUUCAAAGACCGUGAGUUUUAUCAGAUUUGUAGCUUUAAUUGUGCUGCUUUAACAUCUAAUCUAUUACCUGCUACUGUCCCAUAAGCUGACUGAAGGCAUUCCCUCUGAUAUACCAUAAUUAAACAGUGAACAUUCUAUUCUAUUAUUUGUGAAUGCAGCUGUCUCCUGUUUGGACCUGUAAUUAUACAUUUCUCUUCUGACAUUUUAGUUCUUUUGAAAUGACCAUUAGUGAAAAAAAAUAAAAAUUAUUUUCUACUAAUAAGGAAGUGCAAUUCUGUAAUGACAGAAUGAAAAUGUGGCAUUUGGCCUCUUUCUAAGCCAUCACAAUGGAGGAAUGGGCGACUAAACCUCAAACAUUCCUCCCUUGAUGCUGAAUAAAAAUUAUUUAAUGGUUUAGGGGGAGACAUUGAUGGGGACGAGUGGCAGGAUAUGUGGGAAGCAGCAGCAAAGGUUUCAGUAUAUGUAACCUCUCAGGAACAAAUAUACAAGUUAUUCUUUAGGAGGCACACCACCCCCGUACAGCUCUUAAAAAUGGGAGAUCACCCCUCAGAUGAUUGCUGGAGGUUGUGUGGGAUGAAAUGUAUAUAUACGAUCUCUCCCUUGGGAGGUGUUCGGUAGGCCGUUCGAGUUUUUUUUGCUCUCUAAGCUGUGGAGGGUCUGACCUACCGUGAACAGAAACUGUUCAAUAAAAUUACACUGGCAGCGAGACUGGUUCUAGCAACUCACUGGCUACUACCCACUCGCCCAUCAUUAGGCGAGGUAAGUGCUAAAAUAGAUGACAACCAUCUAAUGCAGGGGUCAUCAACCUGGUCCCUACCGCCCACCAGUGGGCGUUUUAGGAUUCCAGAUGGGCGGUAGCAGAAUCCCCCCUCCAUCCAGAGAGAUGAACGCUCUAUUAAUCUCUCUCACACUCAGUAGUAAGCAGGAAGUGCGGGCGUGCAGAUAAGAGUGCACAAAAGCACGAAUGUGUGUGACUGAACGCGCAUGUGCGCCCGUAUCGCAUGUACGAAUGCGUGUGCUCGUGGGUAGAGGAAGGGGAGGAGUUGAAGUAGGUAGAGAGAUACACGAUAGCAGGGAAUGGAGUACUUGUUAAAUAGGAGAAAGAAGGAGCAGAGUACUUGUAAAAUAGGAGAAAGAAGGAGCAGAGUACUUCUAGAAUAGGAGAAAGAAGGAGCAGAGUACUUGUAAAAUAGGAGAAAGAAGGAGCAGAGUACUUGUAGAAUAGGAGAAAGAAGGAGCAGAGCACUUGUAAAAAAAAAGAGAGAAGGAAAAUAGUGAUUCUGACACUUCUUUAUUAUUUAUAGUAUUUAUAGUAAAAUAAAUCUUUAGCAAUGUUGAUUACAUUUUUUAUGUUCUCUUCUGUUAAAAGACUCUCAUUGAGUCUCCAUGAGGCGAAUUCGUUAAAAGUUUGCUCUUUUUUCAUGGUAACUAAAAUAGGUGCAUGGUCUAACCAUGAUAUUACGUCUAUUUUCGACUUGGAAUAAUUCUUUAAACUUUGAGUAUUUGUCAGAACAGAGACCCAAAACUUGAGGUUGGGCAAAACACCUGGCCCAGAUCGAUAUUAAACUAUUAUUUCUCAAAACCUUUAUAGAACAAAUUUCUCCUGCUCUAGAAAAUCUAUUUAAGAAAGUUCAAGAGCAAAAAAUGUUUCCUGAAGAAAUGUUAAGAGCUCCCAUUCCAAAACCUGGAAAAGACUCCAAUUUUGUUUCCAAUUACCGUCGAAUCUCUUUGAUAAAUAUGGAUGUUAAAAUCUUAUCAAAAAUGUUGGCAGAGAGAUUGAAGUCAGUGAUCCCAGAUUUAACAAGCCGAGAUUAAGUGGGAUUUAUUACUAACAGGUAUGGAAGCGAUAAUAUCAGGACUCUGAUUAAUAUGAUUUCCAACAUUAACAACCAUAUUUCAUCUGCUUUUAUUACUGUCGAGGCUGAAAAAGCAUUUGAUCGAGUGAAUUGGAACUUUUUAUCACAGGUUUUGGACAGAUUUGAGAUGACUGGUCUAUUCAAAGACCUGGUUAUGAGUCUAGAUACCUGUCCAUCAGCUAAGAUACAAAUAUUAGGGUCAAUCCAACUAUAGAGAAAUAGAAAAUAACAUAGUGCAACUCUGUAUAAUAAUAAUAUAAUAGUGAUGUGUGCCAAUGGGUCACUUUUUAAUCAAACACUUGGUGUUUAAUUAAAUACUACUAAGUAUUGUUGGUGGAAAUUGUAAUAUCACUAAGUGAUAUAGUGAAAGAGUUUGCACUUUCAUCCAUCAGCUAAGAUAGCAGGAUAUGGAGCAAUAUCAGAUUGGUUUAAAAUAAAUAACGGGACCCGUCAAGGUUGUCCACUUUCUUCUUUAUUUUAUAUCCUGUCUAUUGAACCACUAGCGGCACUUAGAGAUUCAAAUAAAGUCUCUGGAAUUCCCAUGAUAGUAAGGGAAAGUAAACUCUUAUUAUACACUGAUACUAUACUUACUCUUAGCGAUGUAAGAAGUUCAAUUCCAGCUACUUUAGACAUCAUUAAAGAAUUUGGGUUUUAUUCAUGUUAUAAAUUAAAUCUGAAUAAAACGCAGUUUAUAUCUACUAACUUUACAGAUGAAACAAAGGAAUUCCUCCAGACAACAUAUCAUUUUACCUGGAACAAGGAAACAAUUGAUCAUUUGGGCAUUGAGUUAUGCUUUGAUGUGGAUAAGAUAGUGCCCUUAAACUAUAAUAAUCUCCUAAAAGAAAUUAAAAUUAUUUUGGACUCAUGGAGUAAAGCUUGGGUUUCAUGGUUGGGAAAAAAUAAUGUUGUGAAAGCUUACAUAAUGCCUAAAAUAGAACAUGUGAUGAGAAAUAUUCUUUAAGUAUUCCAGUUCAAAUAUCAGAACAUUUUCAUAACUUGAUGUAGAAUUAUGUAUGGGAUAAAAAGGCCAGGAUCUCUAAGACAAAUAUGAUGAGAAAAUCGGAUGAAGGCGGAAUGUCUUUCCCUGAUAUAUUUCUUAUUUCUAAUUCUAUAAUGUUUUCCCAUUAUAGAGUAUGGAACACCAUUGGUAAAAACCCACCAUUAUGGUAUCUAUAUGAGAAAUCAUGUUGUAAUCAUGUGGAUAUACUGGCUGGAACCAUGUGUCUUCAAAAUCUUAAACGUAGAUAAUAGAAUCAUCCACAAGAUAUAUUCAUCAGUCAGAAAUAUAAAAAAUAAGUAUGUAGACAGCAAGAAUACUUUACAUUUUCAACACCUUUAAAAAUCUUAGAAAUAUAUAUUCAAUAUUUGAAUUUUUAAAAGGAUGGAAAGAACAAGGAAUAGAGCAGUUUGGAGAUCUCAUGGACAAAGGAAAGAUAAUGAGGUUCUCCCAUAUAGAGUAUCUUUUAAAGAAUAUUUUUCAUAUCUAAGAGUGACAUGCUUUUUUAUAAAAAAAAAAAAGCUAAUUACUGAAAACUCGAACAAAGAUAAGCUACUGAUAUGUGUGGAUAAAGAAAAAAAUCAUCCCAAAAAUAAAUAUUUUACUUUAGUAAAGAUAAUGGAAAAGCAUUGGGAAUGAUAAAUUGGGAAAAAGAUCUUGAACAAAAAUACUCAUUAGAAAACUGGUUUAGUUCUUUUAGAAUGUUUUAAAAUACAAUACAUUGUGUUAGUAUCUGGGAAACCCAGCUUAAAAUUAUUUAUAGAUGGUAUCGAACUCCAUAUUUAUUACAUAAAUUUAAUAUAGAUAACCCGGAAAUCUGUUGGAGAUGUGAAAUGGAAAUAGGAACCCAUAUGCAUAUUUGGUGGUCUUGUAAAAAACUUGACUUAACUAAAAGAUGGAUGAAGGAGUUAAUAAAAUAUGUCCUAAAUAUCGAACCAAAUAUUGAGAUAGAAAUGGUUUUUAUUUCACCUAGCUUUACCCAAGACUACCAAAUAUGCAACAUUUCUAAUGAUCCACAUUUUUAUGGCGAUUAAACUCUGUAUGGCACGCUAUUGGAAGCUGAAGGAUAUUGCAGGCCCAAAAUAAAUGUCAGUUCGAAUGCCAAAGUAAUAUAGAAAAAGGGUACAUAUAAAGCCUUAAAUAACCUAAAGAUCUAUAAUAAGACUUGGAAUCCCUGGGCAUUAUACUGCAAAAAUCAAAAUAUUUGAAAAGAAUCUAUAUUCAACUUAGGACUCCACUGUAACUAAUCGAUAUCUAGCAACCCUCGUUUGUUAAAUUUAAAAAAAAAAAAAAUUGGGGGGGAUGUUUUAUUGAGGUAUAAAUUGAGUGUAGUUUACGGUCGAAUUAUUUUAACAUCAAGUGGCUCAAAACUCAAACAAAACUAUUUCUUUAAAUAAUAGAUAAUCGCCAAACCUAUAAGUUGACUAGACAGACUCUUGGAAAAUGAAUGCUGCUUGUAAACGUGUAUAUAUGUGUGAUUUGUAUAAAUGUUUGUUUGUAACCAAUAACAAUAAAAAAAUUAUAUUUCAUAAAUACACUUCAGCUUAUUUAACACUAGCACUAUUUGAUUUGUCUCCCACAUUGAAAUUAGUGUAGGACCCACCGAUAUUGGGGUACUGUGAAGUAGUGGUGGGGUCAACGCAACAUGGCCAUAUGGUGGAACUGAAUCCCCAUAUUUGUUUUGCUGAGAUAGGUGAUUUAAGGCAGCUGUGCAAAAUUCCUAUUUUAAUCAAACACAUAUUAACAUAUUUUAUCUCCAGAGUAGUUGGACAUAUAGGUGAACACGUUUAGAAUUUCUGGUCAAGGUUGUCUUUUUUAAAUGUAUACGCUAUUAAGAAAAUCUUCUCCUAACUUCUCUCUCUAUAUAUAUAUAUAUAUUUAUUUUAUUUUUUAUUUUUUUUAGCUUCUAGUGAUUAUCCCAGAUUCCUGCCUUCUGUAAAUGUAAUUGGUGACUACACAACUGCAAAGGUAUGGAUAACCUUAAAAUAUGCAAUAAUAAAGAGUAACAUGAAUAUGUAAUUUAACGCUAAACACACAAAAUAUUUUAAAGGCAAAACAAAUUAUAUAUAUUUUAAGAUCUUUUAAUAUACAGAUAACUAUUGUCAAAUACAAUAGCAGAUAUUGGGAUUAGGGAUUUACACUAUCAAGCAUUUAGAAAUACUGAAAUGGUAUUGCAUUAAAAUACUAGUAAAGUAUAAAAGGUUGCCUAAACAACCACUAAAUCUUAAGGUAGUCAGUAAUAUAUAUAUAUAUAUAUAUAUAUAUAUAUAUUUUUUUUUUUUUUUAAAUAAAUAAACUGCUUAAUUCCUUUAUUAGCUUAAAGGGGCAGUAUAGGCAAUGUAAUGCUCCAUUUAGUUGAAGUAGUUAUAAUUUCUGAAGUCAACUGGUGCUGACUGUUUUUACGUUUUAAUGCUAAGUGUGAGUCCUCAGCAACCUAUCCCUUAUGUUCUGAUUGAUUGACCCUUCCACCUCCUGGACAGCUCACUAAGAAUGCAGCUUCAAAAUGGAUGCUGUCCAGGAGGUGGGAGGGUCUGGGAGGAAGGGUCUGCUGCUGAUUGGCUGGAAUGUGUCUGCUGACUGUGAGGUACAGGGUCAAAGUUUACUCAAUGAUGAGUCCGUGGCGAACCGUUCGGCGAACCGUUCGGGACAUCACUAUUUAGGAGUAAUGUUCCUAGAUAUUUUAAUUGGGAGAACUGCCAAUUAAUUUACUCCAAUUUUGUGUCUAAGAUGGGACUUUCUGGCCCAGUUGUUAUUUGCAUAGAUUUGGAAGCGAAAGAUGGGACAAUAGUAGGUGGGAGUAUACUAGUCAUUUUCUGAUACUUAGGAGGUAGGGUUGCAAAUGUGGUCGGUUUAAGUAUAUAGGAGCUUUCUUGGUAGCCACAGUAUGUUUCUGAGUUCUGCAGUAGUUGGAUUUAAUAUGUAAUUUUAGCAGAUCAGGACCCAUAUUUAUUUCAGUGCUGACUAGAAUAUUGGGGAAUCGUCUGUUGAGAAAUAUCUCGAAAUAAUUACAAAGCAGCGGAGUUCAGACUUUUCACAUGUUUCUUUUUCCUAUAUACAUGGUUCUCUAGUUUUUUGGGGGGUUUUUUUGUUCUUUUUUUAAACUUUUUCAUUUGAUUGGUAAAGGCAGUACAGAUCAAAAAACAUAUCACACUGUACAAUCACUGAAUAUGAUCCUGUCUGAGUUUUCAAAAUAUUUUAAGAAAACCUGAGAUAAUACAAAAGAGCAAAAAAUGGGAUGGGGACGAAGCCUGCAUCGGACCGAAACUGUCGCAUUGUAAUUGAUUACAAAUCUGCAAAAGUAUAGAGCUCCAUUGCUUUUUUGGAGAGUAAACCCACCUUUCCUUUUGGAUAUGGGUCGCAAAAAAAAAUAAGAAGCUAAUAGUGAAUAGAGCCUCUAACAUCCUUGAUAUUAGCAUUCUUAUUCAGUGCUCUCAAAGUGAAUUUUGACCCAAGAUGGCACGUCAUGUAGAAGGGUUCUCUUUUUCUUCCUCAGAAGACAUCUCCAUGGAACAUGGAGAGGAGACCUCUUAUAGCCCACCACUUAAUGCUACUCCAUCAUCCAUAGGGAACUUCCAACCUUCAGGGCUGCUGAAAAGUAUGCUUGCAGAACUGUGGUCCAACAUUGGCUUACAACAUUGGCUCCCACUAUACUAGAUUGCAUCUAUUGAGCAGAAGCUUACUGACCUCCAAUCGAUCCACCAAAAUACCAGUUUUUGCAUUGCAUCAGAAUACAGCUUCUACUGAAAAAAAACUAAUUUUAUUUACAUGCUAUUUGUGGCCUUGAUGCUGCCAAAACAAGCCCAAUCACUUCAUCUAGAUAGCAUGCUCUGUCCGAGUUGACUGCUUUAACGGAAAGACCCAAUUUAAUUUUAAAGGCAAGUUUUCCUCUUCUAUCCAGAUCGAAUACUUUCCCGGGGCAGGUCCUUAUGGCAAGUUCUUUGCUUUGACAUCUCUUAUUGCUGAAGUAUACUAAGAUUUGCACUUGUUCACUUAUCAGGACUCUGUUUAUUGAGUGCAACAUUUUCAAGUUUUGGACACACAAGUGAGGCAUUGUACUGGCUCCCAUAGUACAUGCUGUAGGCCUUCACAAAUUUUCCCUCCUCAAUUUUAUCGUCAAACUUUGCUGAGUUGGCAAUUACAUGAUCUACUCUACACUCCGAACAUGCCCAGGACUGUACAGCUCUAUCUACACCUAAAGAUAUAUGCAAUUUUGCUUUUUUUGCAAUUAUUCAUUGUUCUAUUUCUUUUUUCAUUUACUCUCCCGAGUGGACACUCUCCUGAUUGAGUAAGACUUAUGUCGCUUACAUUUUGUUUUGGUUUUUUUCAGUUCUUCACUUUGGCUCAUAUUGGUACAUGUAUUUGUAUAGAUAUAAUUUUUUUCUUGUUGAAACCUGUGAACUAUACCUACCCCCUUGUCUUGAUGAUAUGAUCAUGCUUAGCUUCUGUAUGUUGACGUAUUUCGGUUAGAUGCUGGUUUGUUUAUCUACAGGAUUGUUUAAUAAAUGUGGCACACUAUUGGUUCUCAUUGUUAGCCCUUUAGAGAUCAAUGAUAUGUCACUAUGCUAGUUUUACUUUUACUUUAUUAUUAACCAUACAAGGCUUCAAUCCAUCCACUCAUUGUACACUGUACAAUGCAUAUUGAUACUUGCAUAUUGUUGACAUGCAUGUUUCUCUUAUGUGUGGAUUGAGAUAUAUAAUUGUAUUUUUGCACACAAUGUAAUCAAGGCACAAUGAAAUCCUAAGAAUUUAAAUGUGGGUGCCAAUAAACAGAGAAUUUAUUUGUGUACAAAUGCCCUUCAUACCUAAAUAAAACAAAAUGUAGAAAAAGUAAAACAAUAGUAAAUAGGAGGGGUGAGAAAAGAGAAAUGAAAGGGUUACCACCAUGAGUGGUAACAGAUGUUGUCUCUAUUCCCGUAUGCUUAAUGUAAAUCCUGUGCAUGUUUUACAUCAUGUAACAAUCCUGUAAAGACAAAGCUCCUGCAAAGGAAAGCAAGCUUGCCCCUCCCUCCCACCCUGUGUGCGUCUCCUCCCACCCUGUGUGCGUCUCCUCCCACCCUGUGUGCUUGCAUGUGAAUUAUAUGUGUAUGUGAUGCCAUUUUAGAAUGAGAGUUGAUUGUCAGAAAGCUGUAACAAAACUUGGGACAAAGUGGGAUUUUCUCAGACUUGAAGGGAUCCUAUAGUGCCAGGAAAACCUGAAGAGAUUAAAUCCCCUUCUGCCACUUACCUUAAUCAAGCGCCGGGAUCCCUCAGUGCUGGUGACCUCUCCUCCCCUGCCGACGUCAGCUCCCGAGUGGAGCCGAAUCCGCAUGCGCGGCCAGAGGCGUGCGCACAUUGAAACCUGCCCAUAGGAAAGCAUUACUCACUGUUUUCCUAUGGGGAUCUUUUUUGAUGCUGGAGGUCCGUGAGGACGUCCAGUGUCAAAUAACUGCGAUUUGGUCCGUGUAAUGGAGACAGCCACUAGAGGCUGGAUUAACCCUGCAGGGUAAACAUAGCAGCUUCUCUGAAACUGCUAUGUUUUCAGCUGCAGGGUUAAAACUAGGAUGACCUGGCACUCAGACCACAUCACUGAGCUGAAAUGGUCUAGGUGCCUAUAGUAGUGCUUUAAGGCAAGAAGGUUUAUGCAGGAUUCAGCCUUAGUUAUAUCAUCAAAUAUUUAUUAAAUGAUAAGCUUACUCUCUUCAACAUCUUUUCACUACUAAUAUCUUUCUUCGGAGUAACACUUAUGCUUUCAUCUACUCCAGGGGUAGGCAACCUUUUACAGGACUGUGCCGAUAUAGGAUUGUGAUGUCCCGUAGCGUGCCGGUCCUAUUUUUUUUUUUAAUUGAGGGGUGUAUGCUGCCGUAUUCUGCUUGUGUUAUUUUUACUGUAAUUGCUUUGUAUCGUUGUAUUUGUGCGUAUAUGCAGGGCUGUCUUUAAUAGUGACUGGACCCUGGGCAAAGCAUUUGCUUGGGGCCCCCUGGACCUUGUCCCCCCUCCCCAAGCAUGCAAUCACGUCCUCCACCUCAAUGCAGUGGCGGACCUAAAGUAGAGAGGUGCAAGAAUUUUUGGGGGUCUCCCUGUUGCAUGGGUGAUUAAAAGGUAGAUCCCCAUCUGUCGUGCAACUCCAGAAAUGCAUUGACAGCUGGGGGUCUACCAUUUACCCAUGUUUGCAGGUCUGUAUUUAGCACUAAGCAGUUUUUGUGUGUUUGAAUGUAAACAGGUUUUUGUAUGGAAUAUGUUUGUAUGUGGUGUUGGCGUGAUUGCAAGCAUGUAUUUGUGUAGUGUUGGUUUUUGAAUGCAGGGGUGUAUUUACAUAUAAUUUUGGUGUGUAACACAGACAUGUGUUUGUACGUAGUGUUGAAAUUUGAAUGCAGAGGUGUAUUUGUGUGUAGUGAUAGUGUGUGAAUGCUGAGAUGUAUGCACAUAUACACACACAACACACACAGAUAUAUAUACACACUGAAAUGCGCACACACGCAGAUAUACUGACACACAUACAGACAUGCUGACAUACAAACAUACUGACACACAGACAUGCUGACACACACAGAUGACACACACACACACAGACAUACUAACACACACACACACACUGACAGACAUACUGACAAAGACAUACACUUUAAAACCCACCCUCCAGUUUCCUACCUUUCCUGCUGGUGGCUGAAGGUGUUGGGAGUUGGGGUCUAGCGCUCUCGGCCAGCCCCCCUCCAAUUUGCCUACUCUUCUUUCCCGCGCGCUCCUCUCUUUGUGGGAGGAAGUGAUGCGCGGCCGUCACUUCCUCCCAGCCUGCUGCCGAAAAGCAAGGGGCCCGCUCGCGCUGUUAAAGCGCCUCAGCGUGCGCCGGGCCCCUGCUGACAGAAGCCCACCGGGUGGUCCUUUGUGCAUGGGCCACCUGUUGAGCCUCCUUAGUGUGCGGAUUACCGGCCAGAGGGUUAGAAAUAGUUGAGGCUAGCAGGGCUCAUGGUACAGCUGGCCAGUUUGCCCCACGUUAAAGACGGCCCUGCGUAUAUGAGCUAUUAUAUUGUAUAUGUUCAUGAGUAGUUUAUGGUAUUGUGUAUGAUGCAUAUGAAUGUGGGCUGUGUAUAGGGGCUGCUUGUGGAAUCUACAUAACAUCACUUUAGAGUAGACCUUACAUUUAUUAAAACCUUGUUUUAUUAAAAGAGCAAAGAGUGAUAUUUCCAUGCAAUGUAACAUUUUAUAACUCAGCAAUAUGAUGGAAUUUGGUGAGGGGCUGAAUAUUUUUAAAAGACUGGCUGUGUAUCUAUCAAUACUUAAAUUAUAAGAAUUAAUAACACAUAGCCAACAAUUAUGGCAAAUUUUCUCAACUUUCAUCUAAUUUAUUUUGCAUUUGAGGGCAUACAAGACUGUAAAACAAUGAGACAACGAUCUCUAUAUAAUCACAUUGCAGGUUUUCACCCGCCUAAGUUUCAAAAGGAUUUCUAAUUAGGGUUGUGUAAUAUAAUUAUGUUCAAGCAAAUGCUUUAAUUAGUAUAGUACAUUUUUUAUCAUCUAAGUGGCAAUUAUUUAGACUUUAGAUGUCUUUGAACAUUUAUAGUCCGGGAAUCAGGUUUUACAUUAUUAGUUCUAAAAACCUUUAUACGUGUUGAUUUGGUUUAGUAUUACCAUGGUUUGCCCCCAAUGUUUUAUUAGUAGGUGGGCAUUCUCACUUACAGCUGUAAUCAAGUGAGGAUCAAUUUAAAUUUAGAUCAACUCUGUUAGAUAUUUUUUCAUUUGUUUCAAUUGAAUCUAAAUAUUACAUGUUGGUUCUCAUCUCACCAUAGAACCCCAAGUUUUUUGAUCACUUAGUCUCAUCUUGUAUAUCCACUGUAUGUAAAGGGCAAGGAGGCUUGCGUUUUUUUUUUGGUUUUUUUUGUGUGAAAGGAAUGUUUGUGGUGCCCAUUGAAAUCACAAGUAAUGGAUUUAAAGGAACACAACAGGGUCAGGAACACAAACAUUUAGAAUGUGUGAAAUCAGGAAGGAGGCAGGAUGUGGGCGGAACAAACACAGUCUUUGCCAAUCCGCAUCUCCUCAUAGAGAUGCAUUGAAUCAAUGCAUCUCUAUGAGGAAAAUUCAGCGUCUCCAUGCAGAGCGUAGAGACGCUGGCAGCGCUGCCCCAGGAAGCACCUCCUGUGGCCACUUGAGAUGUCCCUAGGGGCAGGGUCGUAUUUGCCGCGUGGCAAACAAGGCAUUUGCCCAGGCAAAUACCUUGUUUGCCUGGCGGCAUUCGGCUAAGAGUGCAGGCGGUUGUGCAGCUAAGAAUCCAGGCGGGCGGCGCUGGCGAGGGAGCACUGAUUUGUCAUAUUCCGGCAUCACUCUGCGGCGCGCUAGGGAGCUGAGCAGAGACAGCGCACUAAUCAGUGCUCCCUCGCCAGCGCCGCCCGCCUGCAUUCUUAGCCGGACAACCGCCUGCAUUCUUAGUCGGACAACCGCCUGCAUGCCUGCCUCCCUUCCUGUCAGAAGCCCCACUGGACCCCAGGUAAAAAUAAAUCCACCCAGCACUCCAAAAGGUAGGGAGGCUGGGUGGAUUUAAACUAAAAUAGAAAAGGUAAUUGGUUAAUGUGGGGGGGGUGGAGGGGGAGACAUGGUUAGAUUGGAAGUUUUUCAUAUCUUAGAAUAUUUUAUAUUCUUGUAUAUUGUGGGUUUUUUUUUGUUUUUUUUAUAUGACCAAAAUUACCUAAAAAAUAAAUUGACCAACUUUGUUUUUCAUGUUUACUAAAAUUGUAUUAUAUCCCAUGACCCAUUGUUUUUGUUGAAACACAAUUUAAACAAAUAUUCAAACAUACUAAUUGGUAUUUGCCCUGAACUUUGCUAAAUGAGCAUCCAGUUACUGUGUAACCAGUAUGUCUUACCAGGCUUUUUGAACUUUUUCACUGCUAAACUAAAUCAUGUGUGCCUGGGGUGCAAUUAGCCACUGGAACACAAUUUAAAAAUUCUCUGCAGUGUUUCAAGCCGAUACACUGCUCAUAUCGGUGCAGUCUUGGAAGUAUAAUUCCCACUAAUCUUAGAAGGCAGUUAUAUGUAUGUUCCCACACUGAUUGGUGUCAGUCAUACUACGCAUUAAAUAGACUCUAUCAGCACCCACACAAUUUAAUCUCCACAAACGGCAAUGUUUUCUUUGUAGAGUUUACACACCUCUAGUGACUCUCUGGAAGACAGCCAGUACAGGCUCUACCGCAGCUAUAACAGUUAAUCUUCGUUAUAGCUCAAAUUACCUUCAUUUGAUUGGCACACUUCUCCUAUGGGGAAGUACUUGAUUGGCUGAGAUCAUCAAGCUUAAGGAUCUCAACCAGGGAGGCAGAGUGACAGCACAGAGACCAGCGCAGGGUGUAAAGUAAGUAAAUCUUACCUUUUUACUUACCCUUACAUAGAUAAGGGAACACUAUAGCGUUAGGAAGACAUGUUUGUAUAUGUAGAAUAACUUUUUUUGGGGUGGGGGUUGUGUGUGCAUGUGGGAUGUAACAAAACAUUGCAUUGAUGAUUUUAUUUUAUUAUGUGAAUUUGUUGACAACCUUUGAUAAUUGAGACUCACAAUUCUUCUACAAUUUUUUGUUUAUAUAUGAAAACGUGUUGCAUCUGUGUGUAUAUGGUGGUGCACUGUCUUACCAUAAUUUGUGCCAUUUCAGAAUGUCCUUAGUGCGGUUUAUCAGACAUUACGAGUGACACGAUUGCUUUUGAGAUGUCAAGAGUUUAUUCUCCGAGGGACAUACUGGCUUAUGUGAGUAAGUUUAGAUAAAGGUCAACAAAGAGUUCUUCUAAAUAUAUAUAUAUAUGUAUAUAUAUAUAUAUAUAUAUAUAUAUAUAUAUAUAUAUAUAUUGGAUAUGUAUGUUCAGGGAAGGAAGGCAGAGGGACCCUUGAGAUUACUAGCAUGCAUGGGUUGUAUGCAGCCUCACAACACCAUUCUUUUGUUGAUUAAAAGCAGAGGGAGGAGCAGUGGGAUGUAUGUUAGCAGAGUACUGCAGGAGUGAGACAACCAAGGCUGACAUCAGGGGGUGACGGCUAUUACUCAGGUAAGGAACCUGGUAGAGCAAUGUGGCCAGCAUGGAACAGGCAGCAUUCUGCUAUUCCAGCACACCAGGCCCCUGCACUUACCACACUAAUUGGCUCUUCUUCACGCCUGUGCGGCAGCGUUGUGAAGAAGUGAUGUCAUAUCACUCCUGCCAGCCCUCAUCGACGCCUUGUCGGAUGUUAGAAGAGGAGCCAGGCGCUCCAAGUGUUAUACCUGCCCGAUCAUCAUUAGACCCUGGAUGGCCACCUUCUUUCUGUUUUAAUAUAAUAUAGCAGGCUGUAUGUCUGCUAUGAUAAAUAGGAACAUAGAAAUAUUCUACAGUGUAUAUCUGGCUGUAUGUUUAGCAGUGUUUGUAUGUAACUGGGUGUGUUUAGCAAUGUGGGUGUUUAGGCAAGUGAGUAUCAGUUUGUGUAUAUUUGUAGUAGGGCGUGUGUGUUUGUGUGUGUGUGUGUAUGUUUAGCAGACUGUGUGUUUAGUAUUGAGUGUGUGUCUGGCUGUGUGUAUACGUGUGUUUGUGCCUAUUACUGUGCAUCCCUCUCUGGGAGCAUAUCUCUGCCUGGAAGCCAUGUGUGUAGGGGGGCGCAGCCAGUGUUUUUGUAAGAGGCUUUAAGAAUGUACAGGUUUGCACUUGUGUUAGAUGCCAUCUCAAUGCUCUCCAGGCCACUAGAAUAUUUCAUGGGGUAUAGGAUCUGCACCAAAAAAGGCAAUUGAAUUGCCCUUAUAUUUAAUUAAAUUAACUUUUCUGCUAUGUAACUAUGUAACUCUUCGUGUUAUCUUUUGACCUGCUCCAUACUGGUGUGGUACUGUAAUUACAAUACAAACACAAUGGAUGGUGCAUAUACUUUUCUCUCUCUCUCCUCUAAUUCAGUAUAAUGCUGUGGAGAUAGAGGGAUACACAAAAUAGUGCAGACAGCUUAACAAUGAAUACUUAAAGAACGAUAUGUGCAAGGAAACACUCACAAAAUCAGAGCCAAUAUAGAACCUGGCUCUGGUAUAGAUGGCUUCAGGAUCUAUUCCAGGGUGAUCCUAGCCCUUCUGUGGCUGGUUGAUGUCUCCAGUAGAGGUGUUUCCAAUAAAUAGGAGAGGAUCCAAUAGAUGGAAUAAUAAAAAGUAAGUUUAUUGAAAAAUAUAUAUAAAAAAACUAUAUAAAUAAUGAAAAGAUAAGAUAUCAAUAAGCCAAUACGCGUUUCGCCUGUUGUGGCUUCCUCAGUUGGCUCUCCAGUCCUAUAUCCAGUCCAUGUCCAUUAUAAAUACUUGUUUGAAUUACAGUUCGUGGGUAAUUCCGUUUUGGAACGCAUUUGUGUGUUCCAUUCCUUCAUUUGCAUGUACUUCCUCCUUCCGGCCGCGUGGGUAAGCCAAUGUCACUUCCGGGUUUCUAAAUUUGAUUCCGAGUGGAAUGCAUAAUGCGUUCCACUCCAAGUUACUUCCUGGUUCCCAUAUGACUUCAGCCUCCAAUCGUGAAUGGAACGCAUUCAUGCGUUCCAAACCUCCUCCUGGCCCUCGAUCCCACUGCGGUCAUGUAACCCAUGCAAAAGGGAGCAAAAACAUCAAGAAGCAUCACGCAUGAUUCCAUAAAAUAUACAUUCUUUUUCUUAAACAAAAUCAAAUCUAAACAUACACCUCAUACAAAUUCCACACAUUCUUAUAAAUUAUAUUACUUCAAGUAGCAGAUAUACAUGAAAUGGUAACUAUUAUGUAAACCACAUAAAUUGAUAUUAUUGGGCAUUUUCAAAUGGUGACCACGCAGAUUAUAUUGUAUACAACAAUAAAUAAAUGUUUGCAUUCUCAACCUUUAAAGUGACAGUGCAGAUUAUGUGGAAACGGUGGAUUUCUCUACCAGCUUUUAAAGGACCAUACAUAUUUUACCAAAGUGCAUAAAAAGGGGGGAAAGCGGAUCUUUGUAUAUGAGCGUAUCUAAUGAAAUAAUUAAAUGAUUACUUUCUAAUAAUAUUGAGAAAUAAAAUUACGAACUUAAAGGCACUAUUAUAUACCUCCACCUUUGUCUGCAGGCUCAAUCAUGACACUUUCAUCGUUCCUUAAAUUGUCGACAGCUUUAAAUUCUGGCAUAGUCAAAUUAUUUUGGAAAUAUUUUUUGGAGGAGUUGUAAUAUUAAAAACUGAUAGUUAUACUAAAGAAGCAGAAAGAAUCCUAUUAGACACCAAUACAUAUAAAAAAAUAAAUAUGAACCCAAGUUUAAAUAUACAAGAAAAAUUUGAAAGUUAUAUUUCAAAAGGUGUCACAUUAGGAAUUCUAACUGAAGAAGAGAAAAAAUACCUAUCAAUUACAUACCCAAAAACACCGUUUUUUUAUUACUUACCUAAAGUUCACAAAAAUAAAGACAACCCUCCAGGUAGACCAAUUAUCUCAGGGAUAGAUUCGAUUUCCUCAAGGGUUUCGGAAUAUAUAGAUAGAUUGUUACAACCAAUCGUUAUAAAGAAUCCUUCCUAUCUAAAGGAUACUAUCCAUAUGCUUCAAACCCUAGAGGAAAUUGAAUGGCAAGACAACUAUUUGUUAGUAACGUGCGAUGUCAGCUCUCUAUAUAGUAUUAUACCUCAUCAUUUGGGAAUAGAGGCAAUAAAAUAUUUCUUUUAAAAAUCCGAUUUUAAAGAAAUACAAAUUGAUUUUAUAGUAGAGGGUAUUUUAUUAAUUUUAACCAAUAAUUAUUUUUGUUUUAAGGAUUCUUUUUUUCUACAAAUUACAGGUAUGGCGAUGGGCACCAAGUUCGCGCCAAGCUAUGCAAAUUUGUUCAUGGCAUAUUGGGAAGAAUCAUUUAUUGCACAAAAUGUGCAAGCUGCGAGCUUGGUGUCCUAUCGCGGUUAUAUCGAUGAUAUUUUUUUCAUAUGGGAAGAUGGUGAGGCACACCUCAAUAGGUUUUUAGAAGCUUUGAAUCAUAACGAGUGGGGAAUCAUUUUAACAUCCACGUAUAGCAACAAUCAGAUCAAUUUUUUAAAUCUGGAAAUUUUUAUCUCAGAAUCAAAAUUACACACAAGGAACCCUUUUAAAGAGGUAGAUGCGAAUAGUUUCAUUGAGAAGAAAAGCUGCCAUUACACUCCCUGGUUAGAGAACGCUCCCUAAAACCAAUUUUUAGGAAUAAGACGUAAUUGCACCCAAGACAGUGAUUACAUAACACAAGCAAAAAGAAUUAAAGAACAAUUUGUAGAAAAGGGAUAUAACCCAAUAUAAUUAACAGCCUGUAUGGAAGAAGUAAAAACAAUAAAGAGAAAUGAACUCAUUAGAUAUAAAGGGAAUACAUCAAUAAAGAAAAGAAAUUUGAAAAAUAAGUCAAUUAAAGAUUCACUUCAUAUGCAAUCAUAGUGGGAAUAAUACGAAAAUAAGGAAAAUUAUUCACAAAUAUUGGCCUAUCUUACAAGAAGACACCAUUUUAAAACAGAUCCUACCUCCUAAACCAAUGGUAGUAUACAGAGGGUGUAAAAAUUUGAAACAGAUGGUGGUUAAGAGUAGCCUUACCACUAAACAAACUGGACAUUUCUUAAAUAAAAAUAAAGAUUUCUAUGGAUGUGGUUCCUGUCUAGCUUGUAGGGAAACUAAUCAGAAGAAGACAUAUUACUUCUUUUCAUUAACAGAAAGAGAAAACAUUUACGAUCAAAAACCAGCUAACAUGUUUUUCUAAAAAAGUUAUUUAUAUCCUUAAAUGCCCCUGUGAUCUCAUAUAUGUGGGAAGAACUAUUAGAAGUGUGCACGUAUGAAUUGCAGAACAUAUAAGGAAUAUAAAAAGGACUAGAAACACAUAGUGUUUCAAACCAUUUUAAAAUCCACCAUAAUAAAGAUCCAGAGAAUGUUUUUCUUGUGCAAUAAAAGCAGUACAUAGAGAUUGGAAGGGGGGAGAUUUUAACAGAAAAAUAGGAGAAGAGGAGAUGAAAUGCAUCUAUAAUCUUAAAACAUUGAUUCCACAUGGGCUCAAUCAAGAUUUUGAGCUAUGUCAUUUUUUAUAAUUUUAUAAUUUUGUAUAUUUUUAUAAUAUUUUUAGGUAUUUUUAUAAUCAAUAGUUGCUGGUUUUAAAAGAAAGAAGAUAAGAGGGGAUCUGUUUUCCUCUUCCUGAAUAGAGAUGUCGCGAACCGUCCGCGAGCUUCCCGCGAACGGUUCGCCGCGAACUCCGGUCAGCUGACACAUCCCGGCCAAUCUCCGGCAGACCCUCCCUCCCAGACCCUUCUACUUCCUGGACAGCAUCCAUGUUGAAGGCAGCUUCAACAUGGAUGCUGUCCAGGAGGUGGGAGGGUCUGCCGGAUAUUGGCCGGGAUGUGUCAGCUGACCGGAGUUCGCCGCGAACGGUUCGCCACAUCUCUAUUCCUGAAUAGUGUGCAUUUGAUAUAUUUAUUCUAAGCUUUACUAAGCAGGAUAUCAUGUUCCCUUCUAAAAUUAAAAAGACCCCUCGUUCAAGUCUGAAUAAUAGUGUCUUUAAGUUUGUAAUUUUAUUUCUCAAUAUUAUUAGAAAGUAAUCAUUUAAUUAUUUCAUUAGAUACAUAUACGCUUUCCCCCUUGUUUAUGCACUUUGGUAAAACAUGUAUGGUCACUUUAAAAGCUGGUAGAGAAAUCCACCGUUUCCACAUAAUCUGCACUGUCACUUUAAAGGUUGAGAAUGCAAACAUAUAUUUAUUGUUGUAUACAAUAUAAUCUGCAUGGUCACCAUUUGAAAAUGCCCAAUAAUAUCAAUUUAUGUGGUUUACAUAAUAGUUACCAUUUCAUGUAUAUCUGCUACUUGAAGUAAUAUAAUUUAUAAGAAUGUGUGGAAUUUGUAUGAGGUGUAUGUUUAGAUUUGAUUUUGUUUAAGAAAAAGAAUGUAUAUUUUAUGGAAUCAUGCGUGAUGCUUCUUGAUGUUUUUGCUCCCCUUUUGCAUGGGUUACAUGACCGCAGUGGGAUCGAGGGCCAGGAGGAGGUUUGGAAUGCAUGAAUGUGUUCCAUUCACGAUUGGAGGCUGAAGUCAUAUGGGAACCAGGAAGUAACUUGGAGUGGAACGCAUUAUGCAUUCCACUCGGAAUCAAAUUUAGAAACCCGGAAGUGACAUCGGCUUACCCACGCGGCCUGAAGGAGGAAGUACAUGCAAAUGAAGCAAUGGAAUGCACAAAUGCGUUCCAAAACGGAAUUACCCACGAACUGUAAUUCAAACAAGUAUUUAUAAUGGACAUGGACUGGAUAUAGGACUGGAGAGCCAACUGAGGAAGCCACAACAGGCGAAACGCGUAUUGGCUUAUUGAUAUCUUAUCUUUUCAUUAUUUUAUAUCGUUUUUUAUGUAUAUUUUUCAAUAAAUUUACUUUUUAUUAUUCCAUCUAUUGGAUCAUCUCCUACAUAUUGGAAACACCUCUACAGGAGACAUCAAUCAGCCACAGAAGGGCUAGGAUCACCCUGGAAUAGAUCCUUAAGCCAUCUAUACCAGAGCCAGGUUCUAUAUUGGCUCUUAUUUUGUGAGUGUUUCCUUGCACAUAUCGUUCUUUAAGUAUUCAUUGUUAAGCUGUCUGCACUAUUUUGUGUAUCUCUCUAUCUCCACAGCAUUAUAUUGAGAAGAUGAGAGAGAGAGAAAAGUAUAUGCACCAUCCAUUGUGUUUGUAUUGUAUGUAUCUUUCUGUGUUGGUAUAGGGGAUACCACACGGUUGUUUGAGCAUUUUUGUCACCAACUGUGCCAUUGGUAUUUGUUUGGUACUGUAAUUAGUUGAAAAAUUUAUAUAUUUUUUUUAAAACGUAUCUUAAUCUUUGUUUAGUCUGUGAACCUGCAAUUUUGCGUGUUGACCUGGAUUCCUGUUAUUCAUAGUUUCUGAAAAGUGAACAGAAAUUAGAUUUAAAAACACAGGUUAACAGCUUGCACAUUGGCAUGAACGACACUCAGGAGUAAAUCUGAUUGUUCUGCUCAGGUUUUUAUUACAGAGGAAAUGCUUUCACAUGCACAUCAGACACAUACAGUCAAAAAACAGUAUUUCUUACUUGUGAUGAGUUUGUUAUAUGGUAAGCUGUUAUGCCUUUUAAUUAAAGUGAACCAAUCUGUUCAAACCAGCUUAUGUUCAUAAAUGGAUCCCUUAAAAUGGUGCCUAGCGGGGCUGUACCUUAAUGAAAAGGUAUGUAAUAAAAUGCAAAAUGGUAGUCUGGGCUUGAUUUUUCUCAUCUGGAGAUAGAUGGCACACAUUGGGCAAGAACAAUUCAGACUUGUUCCUGACUAUUAAAUUAUUGCCCAUACUACGUUUGAGCUGAUUUCAUUUCCAUCCACAUUAGUUACAGUUUCUGCUUCUUGUUGACAUUAAUUACAGUUCACAUUAUUCACAGUCUCUGCCUCUUUAAAUGGAAUGAGUGAUUUUUUGACUACUUUGUACUUUUACAGAUUAAGUAGUCCUGUCACCUAGAAUUGAACCUGUCAAGAGUGUGUCAUGGGAGCCAUUUAUUAGUGCCUGAAAUGGUUUGUAAAGCAAAUGUAAAAUAGCUUUCGUGUAAAGAUUACAGUUACUGAAAUAAUAACAAUGCUUAAAAUCUGUAAAAAUAAAAAAAAUAAUAUGAGUGUAGCUUGGUACAUUUUGUGAUAUAAUGAAUACAAGUUCAAACACAAUGUCUACAAUGCAGGCCCAUUGGCUAAUCAAACCAUGGUAAAAUAUGUCAAAAUGGUCUACAGAGCUUCUACCUCCCUUAGUUACAGUGGCAACGCAUGCAUAGUGCAGCUCCCCUCCAGAACAUUGUUGUCAUAAUAAAAUAAAAUAUAAAAAUGUAUUACCUGUGAUAAAAAUGGUAAACUAGGGAAAGUGUUACCUUACAAAUUUCUGUCAUAAAUGGUAGACCUACACUAUUUUAGGCUGGUACAUACAUACUGAUAAUUAAUUAUGUCUGUCUGGAUAAGUUAUUGAGAGCAACUGGGCAUGUGUAGAAUUUAGGUAAUUAGCUAAAAAUGACCACUCUCUCAGAAGGCUACCAAUGGCAAUUUCUGAACUGUCCCUUUUAAUCUCUGUGCCUACAGAAAAACAUUAUUUUUUUCUGUGACAGUGUUUCAAUCGGAAAAUAAUCAUAGCAAGAUAACAAUUAUACAAUGCGUCUAAUGACAAAGUGAUAUCAACAUAAGGUCAUCAUGUAAGAUAACAGUGCAAUUAUAGAUAUACAUGUACAAGGGUCUAAGCUAUCACAUAUUCUGUUGUAAUAAGAGAGAAGAAUGAUCAGAUAGUAAUGAAAUAGAGGUUCUCCCAACCUCCGCGCAAAUGGAUGUAUCCCUUGUUUGUUAAGAAAGAAAACUAAUAUAUUAAGCAAUAAUCCUUUAUGGACUACCUGGUGCUGCUGUACUGCAUUGGCUUUAAUACUCUGCUUCAGAGUUUGUAUCUCUGAGUGUCAUGGCCAAGAGAGAGUUCAAAAGAUAGGGAGAGAGAUUCUGGAGUACAGAAUUAGAAGAGAGAAGGGAAAAGAGAAAUCGUCUAGGUGUGGAGAGGGAGUGACAAUGUAAAUGAAGAUAUAGGGCAGCAAGAAUCUUUUGGUAAUAGCCCUUGCACCGGGCAAUGGUCCUUCCAUUAGAAGAAGGUGUCUGUUCACCAGCAGGAACCGCGAACUGGCAUGAAAUGCUCAUAGGUUAGCACCUUAAUCUAUUACAUCGCUAGACAGCAAUGGAGAGAAAAACAGUUCUAUGCCUUUGCCAGAGAUGAAUGUAUCUUUGGUAAUAGGAUGCAGCAGAUGUCCAUGAAGAAUAUUUAGGUUUCAUGCUAAAAAAAAAUUGCAUACUAGGUGUAUUUUAUUCACUAUGUCAGUAGUAUUUAAUUCACUACGUCCGUAAAAUAAAAACUCUCAGAGCAGUCUUAUGAUAAAUGGAUCAUAUUUAAUAAAUUAACUAAGCCACAUAUACACAGAACAAUUAGACUCUAAACACAUGCACCAAAUAACCAACACAAUUCUCUUUCCUAAACAAUAUUAACAUUUUAAGAUAAUACAUGUAGGGGGGUUAUUCACUAAACAGGGUUUUGAAAACACGUGCGUGACGUUCACAAUAGAUAAAUAGUGAAUGUGCUUGAUGUGGAGAGUGAUUCAAUACUGAAUAUUGACUAUAUCUUGAAAAUGUGUUCUCUAAAUAUUGUAUUACUAUUUAAUGAAGUACAAGCAUGUAUGCAGGGUGUAAGUGCAAAGUACAUGGCACUGAGACUGCAGAAAAAUGUUAAUUGCCCUUUAUACAGAACAAUCAAAAGCAACCGCUGACCCAUUAGUGCAGAGGAAUUGUCUUGUGCCUCACAUCAAAUCUAUAAUAUAGAUAAUGUAUUUAAGAAAGUAAUAUAACUUUAAAAGCCCUUUUCUUAAUUUUGAUAUUUCAAUUGUUUAAAUAUCUACACAUAUAAUCAGGCACAAACACAUACAAUCACAGUAAAGGGAAUAACCUAGCCGGUCCCUGUGGCUAAUCCAAAAUACGGACUACUAUUCUGCUGGUAAUAUUCUUGCAUACCGUUCCUGGCCUGUAUUUUUAGUAUUUUUAAUAUAUUUUGUUAAUAAACUUGUUAUUUUUACCCAUUUUUUUGUAACCAUUUCUUUUAAGUGGUUUUUUAGCGAUACCUUUUUUGUAUUGCAUUAUAGAAAACCGUUCUAUAUACUGUAUUUCUAUUCUAUGUGGUUUAUAUCUUUUUCUACAAAGUAUAAUAUUUGGUGUAUAUUUCAUUUAUUCUGCCCUUAGCAAAUGUAAAGAAAUACACACUUGCUGCACUUUUCUCUUCCUGAAUUGCUUGAUCUAUCUUAUUAAUUUUAUUACUUGCACUAUCAUAUUUUAAUCCCAAUUUUACUAUAACCAUAGUACUAGUGACAUCAUAUUCAAAAGCCAGGGUGUUAUUCCCUUUACGAUAUUUCUUUGGACAGGUUUUUGGUGAAUCCUUGCCUGUAUCCAGUUUUGAGCAAUAUACCAUAAGUAUGACUCCAUCAUCCCUGUGUGUUGCAAUAGGCAUACCAGAUCAAUAUUUUACAUACAAUCACAGACCUAGAUGCACAAUCACAAAUACACACAAUCACAAACACACAGACCUAUGCACACAGUCACAUACACACCCAUAAUCACAUAUGUACGCACACACAUACAAUGAUAUACACAUACAAUCACAUACAUACAUACAAUCAAUCACAGACUCUCACACGCAUACAUUUACAGACCUAUACACACAAUCACAGAUAUACCCCAAUGCAAUCACAGACCUGUACAUACAAUCCCAUACAUAAACACACACACACAAUCACAGACCCACACACAUAAAAUCACUGACUUAUAUACAGAUACACACACAUAAUCACAGAUAUACACACUCAGAGACCCUCAGACACAUGCAUAAUCCCAAACUUAUACACAAAAUCACUGACAAAAUAUACACAAAAAUCACAUAUACACCCAUUUAGUACUAAAGAGGUGCUACCUUGCUCUCGGAGGGCUGGAAUUGAUCCUCUGUCGCUGGUGGCUAGUGGUUGCUGCUGAUCUGAGAUCUAUCUCUGUGCUCUUCCUGCACAGUUCCCUCGCGCGUCAUAUCCUGGUGGCCAGCCACUGCAGGGUGCACGAGGUAGCUGUCUAGGAAGAGCACAGGAUGUAGUGGGCUAUCUUGCCGCCCGGACAGCAACCGUGCCGCACUGCUAGUGGUCCCGGAUGCAUGCGACCUUCAGGCCGUGGGGACACCCCAGCUUUAAGGCAUGCAUCAUCUAUGUGUCCACAAUGUUUCCACUGAUGUACCAGAGGAUACAUUGUGAAGAAACAUGUGGCAGGAGACUCAAAGUAUACCAUACGAGGGUCAAUUUACUUGACUUUUCUGAGGUCUGAGGUCAGAAACUGUCUCCCAAUGCCCAACAUUUUAAGGAUGGCAACCUUACUGGCAGAUUACUUUUUGGUCAGUAUAAAUGUAUGCUUAUACUUGGUUUAUGUGUAGUCAAAGGUAUGUUUGUGCAAUUUAUUAAAAAAAUAAAAUCUUGCUUUGGACUUGUUAGGCAUCAUCAUUUUAUGUGUGAUGACUUAAACAUGAAGGCCUUUGAUUUUCGAAAACACUGCUUUUGCAUUGCUAGAAAAAGGGACAUCAUCUGUUCACAAAAAUCACUACUUAAAAAUUCAGUGUUUUUGGUGCUUCUGUUGUCACUUUAAUAACAUCAAUUCCAAUUAUGUGUUUUUUUUUUCUUUUUCUUUUUGAAAAUACAUUUGUAGUAGGAAUGUCAGAUAUUGUCAAAUGCACUCAUGACAUACAGUGAAUAGUAAGCAUUAUGAGAGGUAAAGCAAGGUUGUAUAGAAAUCAACACUCCAAACAUUUUGAAUAUGUAAUCCUUAAAAAUGAAAGGAAAGGGAGUUAUAACCUUUAAACAAUAAGUCGCCUCCCAACCCCCUCCAAGCAACCUCAUCCCAUUUUUCUUCUUCUCCCAUCACAAGGUACAUUUCUAUUGGGAUAGUACAAUUUGGAGGAGUGAUGACCUUUCAUUGAUAAGUGUUUCUUAAUCCUGCGUCUGGAUUGGCUACACGGAUCGAGAAAUGCUAAUCAAAACUGCUCUUCAGAGGUUCAUUAAAGAGAGACCGUAUAAUUCGAAUACAGCAUGCACAUAAAAUUCAAGGGUCAUUUGGUUAAAAGGGGGAUAGUCUGUAGUGAGUUCAAUGGAAGGGGACAUUUGGCCCUUGUGUAUGUAUACAACAUAUUAAGAUAAAAAUGUUAUCAGUAUUUUUAUGAUUGACUUUUAGUCUUUUGUAUUGCAACAAUGUAACUUUCUCAUCACAGUGAGAGCAUUAAAGAACAAUGCCGGCGCAUCCUAGAUAAGAAUUCUUCAGUGGUAUCCAUCUUGAACUGUCUGGUCAAUAUUAACAACAAGACUACACGACUGUAAGUAUGGGCAGACCUUCUCGACAUCAUGUAAUCUAGACAUAACUCACGGUAUGCAUGAAUGGAAAAACAUACAAAUUAGCAAUGGCUUUACUUUUUUUAAGAUAUAUCUAGGUCUUUAAAAAAAUCUUCCACCUAGACAAGAUACUUUGUGUUAUACUUUUCAUAAGUACCUCUCUUGGCCGUUUGAUAGCCAGAGUAUGUUGCAAAGGAUUAUGGGUGUGCAAAGAUAUAUUAGUAGUACUAUGGUAUCAUUAGGUUUUUUUUUUAGCCAGACUUCAUCCACAGGUUUCAAUGUACCAACCUGACUACACUUGCAAGAAUGUAAUGCUUUGUAGGUAAUUGUUACUGUGAGCAGUGGUUCAGGCAUUGUCCAUUUAAUUUGUAAACUGGAUAAUAGCUGUGACAAGAUUUCUUGACAUUUACCUAGAGUUAGUGGCAAUUGGUACCUCAACCGUCCACCAUUCUAUGUAAACGUGCCACAGAAAAAACUGACACACUAAGCACUUGCAUAGGUUAUGAUGUAAGAAGCUCCCUGUAUUCUUAUGCUUUUCACCUGCAGCUAUUUUGAAGGAACACACCCCAUGCUUGAUGGCAUUACACUGGGAUUCUUUGCAUCUGCCUUACAGUGAAAGUAAUUGUAUAUUGGUCGGGCUCCCUUAUAGCUUCCAAUGACAUGUCCUGUUUUUCAGGCAUUAUUAACUGUAUUUAUUUUAAAAUAACACUCUCUAAGCACCAUAGCCACUACAACCUAAUGAUAGUAGUGAUUAUGGUGUUAGGAUUGCCCUGGCACCCUCCCAGAGUAACUAGUCAAACUGUUUAAGAAUGGUGGGGAUCUGCCACCUCUUCUGCAGCCGGAAGCUCUGCCACUGUGCCAAGUCUCAGAAUGAUGGCCCUGCACUAUAGAGCUUAGCUCACUGAAGCUACAGGAAGCUCCUUUCAGGAGCUUUUGGCUGCAGAGGAGGUGGAUCCCAGGUAAAUUGUACCAUUCUAAAACUGUUUUACAGGGAAAAAUCUAGGCAGGGGCCCAGUCAUUUCUAGGGUGCCCAAAGCAGCUGCUCCUUGAGCCCACCGUGGUGUGUGUGGCCUGCGUGGUACUACUAUCGCGGGCCACACAAUGAGGGGGUGGACCACCCGAUGGCAAUGAGUCUGCAGGGGCCUUAAACAGCGCGACUGGGCCCCCUGGGAUGAGGUCACUUCCUCCUAGCUAGAGGAAGUAAUAGAGGAGGAGUGCGGACUAGGAGAGAGCCCAACUCCCAACAGCCUCACACAGCCACUGGACCCAAGGGAAGUGGAGUGACUAAAAUUUUAUAUUUUCCGUGUAUAUCUGUCUGUGUAUCAGUCUGUGUGUAUAUGGAUGUAUGUGUGUUUCUGUAUGUGUAUAUGCAUGUGUCUGUUUAUCUGUGUAUGUACCUGUCUGUAUGUGUGUUUCUGUGUGUGUAGAUGUCUGCAUGUGUCUGUGUAUCUGUAUGUAUCUCUCUCUAUGUGUAUCUGUGUCUGUCUGUAUGUGUAUAUGCAUGUGUGUAUCUGUCUAUAUGUGUAUCUGUGUGUCUGUAUGCGUAUCUCUGUAUCUGUCUGUAUGUGUACAUGCAUCUGUAUGCAUAUCUGUCUAUACGUGUGUCUGUAUGUGUGUUAGUGUGUACCCCUCUGUUUCUGUGUGUGUCAAUGUUUGCUUCUAUAUGAGUGUCACCCUACGUACCUGCAUGUGUAUCUCUGUGUCUGUAUGUGCAUAUCUUGGCAUGUGUAUCUGCGUGUUAACACUUUUAUAAAUUAACAAUCAAACAAUCGAUCCUGUUAGUUAUUGGUUUGGUUAGCUCAGUGAAAUUCUAGAGGCAGACAACAGCCCAGAGUCCUGUAAAGACUUCUCAUUCAGCUGCAUUGGGAAGUCUGUGAUUGGACAGCUACAGAAAGUCUGUAUUGGGGAUGAAGGGGAGGGCUUGCAAAGGCUACAAACAAGAUCUGCAAUAAUUAAUAUUUAAUGAAUAAUUAAAUUCAUACAUGUUUUCAUUGAAGAUACUAAAUAGUGAUUUAUUUGAAUAGUAGAGUUAAAUAAAAACGAACAUCCAAGAAUAUUCAGAAUUUAGUUUAAGUUCUUGUCUGCAUUGUUGUAGUGUUGUGCCACUGAAAGCAAUGAGUUUCAUGUCCUCGAGAACCUGCCAGCAUUUAUUUUUCUACUCUGGAAUCACAGAAUAGCAGAAUUCCCAUGUUGAGAUUGCUCUCACAUUGGGUGCCUUACUCAGGAGCUAUUUUGGUGUUUAGCAACUAUACCCUCCUUCCCAAGACUGAAAUUUUUAACACUGGUUGCCUGGCAACCUCUGUUAACUCAUUGAAUUCUGAAUUCGUUAGCUACUCAAACCUAUAGCAUGCUUAUAUUUGUAAGCAGUUAUCUUAAAAUCUUAAAGCAAAGAGGAUGUCAGGACAUUUUGUUGGAGCACCUUGUUGGAGCUUUGUGACUGAUGGAUACUCCUCUCCCCCCCCCAAAUUAAAUUUGUUAUAGGCCAAGUGACACCGUAAUAAAAUAAAGACCACGCAUUUACCUGAUAGAUCUGUCAAAGAUUUACUUAUUAACUCAUAUGGGUUCCUCCUAGUUAUUAGGGUUUACGGUAACAUGUUUUCAUUACAGGGAUUAUUUUCUGAUGGUCCUUACUCAUUUUGUUUUUAACAACUUUCCUACAUGCACACAUACCUAUGGAGAUGGGGCGAACCACGAGUUUAACUCCUAUUCUAACUCACUUUAAGUUAACAGAAUUUUAGUUUAGGCAUCAUUUGUGUAGUUUUCUUUUCUUUUUCACAUGUUAUUUGUAUUUUUUGGGAUCAGUUUACUCAUUGGAAUUACAUUUAGUUUAGGGGUUUUCAUGAUUCCAAAAUGUGAUUUAUUAGCGGAGUCAGCAGCACCUAGAGGAAAAAAUAUUCGCUCUAACUGGAAGGAACAGGAACACAACUGUUCCAUAGAAAAGCAUAGAAACUGUGCAACAGUGUAACCUAGUGCAGUCGGUGAAGUCAAUCCGUGCCCUCUAGCUCAGCUGAGGAAUGGCCAGGGAAUGCUCCUGGUCUGAAUUGCCAAAGGGCAGAGUAUGCUUAAUCCCUACUCAACAGAUUGCUCAGAUCCCUACUCAACAGAGAACCCGGAGGUGUCUAAAUACCCCAACACACACAAAAAAAAAAAAUAUACACUAUUCCCUUCCUACCACAGCUCUAAUAAAUAUCGGGUGGAACAACAAAUAACAAACUUGCCCGGAAUAUAACUUUAUACUUGCCUAUCAAUGUCUUGCGUAUAGAUGCUCAAUAUCAAUUGAAUGAGAGCAUGGCUUGUGAGAGGAAUGCACUGUGAAUAGCCAACCAGGCUUUGCAACUCUAGACCUGCUGGGGCAUAUCAUGCUUCUCUUGACUGAAGAACUUUUCACUAUAGAACUCUCGCGCCAAUGGUCUGGGUCAUUCUAUUUUUUUUUAUUUGUUUGUGUUCUUCCUUUAUCAUUUAUUUAUUUAAUUAGUGGGGUGUUUGAUAGACAUGAUGAUACCUGUGGCACGUUUGGUAGGGGUUAAGGUAUGGCUUGGCCGCCAUCUGUUUUUUCUUUUUAACGUUUUAUUGUAGCAGCUGGCUUGUGGGAGCUGCAGUAAGCAAAUAGCCAGACACACAGCAUAUGGUAGUAUCCAGGUCUGAAGUCUGAAAUCUGGUGGCCAUUUGGCUUGCAGAGCACUGGGUAACCUGUGUGUUACCCAGACAUGUUUGUUUCUUUAUAGUAUUUGCCCUUUUGAUGAAGGAAUGAUCCUUUGCUCUCUGUAGCCAGCUAGCACGAGGGUUUACACAGAAUUACUGAAUCAACAUGCAGUAUUCGUUGCUUCAUGCCCAUAAAUAUUAUGAAAUGAAGUUCAUAGAAGGAGAAAGUAUUAAAAUAAAUCUGUCUUUGGUGUAUGCAUAUUCAUUCCACAGGUGCAAUGUUAUUUACAAAGGAAAUUCUGAAGUUCUGGACAUGGAGGGGCAAGGAGAAAGUCUAUGGAAGAAGCAGUCUGUGAGUUACAAGCGUGUCUCCUAUUUAUAAUCAUUAAAGUGUUAAGAAAUUCAAAGUCUCAUUCUUUAUAUUAAACUAUGCUCGUGCUUUUAUCAAUUAAAACCCCUUUAUAAGCUUUGCCAGAAUUUUGCUUUGUCAUAUUUUCACUGAGUAGUCUUCUGCUUGGUCCUUGCAUGCAUCCUAAGAUGAACAUAACCAUCUUUACAACAUCGAUGAAGAACAGUGCUCUGCAGACACUCUCUAACAUUUGGAGCAAUCUCUUCUAUUAACAAGAUGUGAUCGAUCCAUGUUGCGUUACCCCAGUGUAUAUUAUUUUAGUGUUUACUGGGAUGAAUAAUGUAAUGGAGAUAAAAGAAAAAAAAACAACCUUUUCACUGCCUCAUUUUGACAACUUCAUCCCACGAUGCCUGAUACAUGCGCCCUCCCACAUAUAAUGGGAAAUGACUUACGCACACAUGUGGCAUUUUCUACAGCCAUAUGCACGUAUGGGCCGUGUGUACAGCCAUACAUGGGUUAUCUAAUUUACAUACUUUCUCGAGCCACGUCUGGCAACGCAUUUACAUUAUAAUAAAAGGAAUUAGAAAGAAUUUUAAAAAUAGCACAACAAGCAGCUAGGUAUUAGGUUGUGCUAAAAUUAAGGCAGUGAUGGUUCCUCUUUAAAUUGUGAGCUGUGAUCUGCAGGAUAUCAUGGCUCAUAUUUAUCAGACAAACACUUGGUUAUUCUCCUGCAAAGUUCUAAUUUUGGAGCAGUAACUAUGGAAACAAAUACUCAAAUUGAAGGCCAUGGUUAUCAUGGUAGGAUAGCUUAAACUCAGACUGUGAAAGAAAGCCAUGAAUCAUUCAUUAACCCUUUUGCAUAUUAAGCUGACUAUUCUAUGAUGUGCAAGCUUACAUAUUGUGUGCUAUUCAUUCCUGCCAUGUAAACAGCUGCACAUACAGAGAGUAACUCUUAACUGCUUAAUAUUUUCUGUACAUCCCUAAAAUGGUUGUUCUGUGUUCUUAGGCUAGAGAUGGAUGUUGCUUGCAGGGCUCAAAAUUUCCAAUGCUACUAGACAGGCGUAAACGUUGCCCUUCACCGCAAGUAUGAAGUGUCUAUAGCAUACUCAUCAGAGAUAAAUCUCUACUUGCAAGGCAGAAAUUAGUGGCCAAGUGUGAAUGUUAGGAAUGCUACUUGCAAAUUUCUAUUAUCUACAAGAAGAGACUGGUCUGUUAAAGUACUCAUAGAUGUACAUAGAAACUUAUUUCAGAAGCACUUGGAUUCCACUUGGGUAAAAUAAUAAUUGGAUCACUUAGCACAGUGAUGGCAAAGAUCUUUGAGCCUGAAUUCCAAAUGUUCUGCAGAAAAGAAAACCUUCUGAAAAUGCCCCAAUCUCACCUUACAUUUUGUCCACAAAAAGUUAGUUUUCCCUCAAUUUGAGAACAGUUGAAUAAAGAUGUCAAAAGAUAACGACUAGCUCUAUAUAGCAGAGUCUUUGACUUUACAUUGAAACAAUACUGAUUAGUUUUCAUCUAUAAAACAUGUCCAUUUUCCUCUCCAUUACUGGACUGAUAUUGAUUAACCAAAUAUUGUAACCAUAACAAGUAUAAUGUUUUGUGUGUGUUUCCCAUGAAACAAAGCGACUAUGUAAUGUGCGAUGUUAUGUGUACUGUCGUAGAUCCGUGAUAUCAUGUCCACUUGCUCACACAAUGCAGACAAGGAGAGAGUUCUGGGACUUUUGCUGCUAGAGGUAACAAAGGAACAAGAUCAGAUUCGGCAGGAUACAAGGUAAACUUUUUCAUUGCUCGGAGAAAACAAUAUAAACUCUAUUUGAUGACACAGGCAUGAAGUAUAUAGAUUUGGUUAUCAAAUAGAAGAAGUAUUUUCUUUUCUUUUUUAUCUGAUGGACUAGGCAAUUUGACAUUUCUUUUUGUUUUUUAAAAAAUGCUUUGAGGUCUUGAGUUAUGAUCUUGGUACAAUUUCAAUCAAUUUUGUAUGUACAUUGACUUUCAAAAGCAUUCAACCACCUUGGAUGUUUCCAACCUGGGAGAAAAUUUUAUUUUAUUAGUCUCUUAACCAUUUUAUUUGUUUGCUGCAUUCACUUUGCUUUUUGUUUUUUCUUUUUCCAAAUACCGUAUAUGUGAAAGGUACAGAAUAGUUUGUUGAAAAAGUUAACAAAACAAAAUAUAUAUAUGGUUGUAUACGUAUUAGAGUAUGCUGAGUUAUAAAUGGCAACUUAUCUCCACAUCACUGGUGGCUUCACUUAAAGAAAACGUAAUUUGAAAGUACAGCACCAAGACAGGAAAAUGAUGUAAGAAUUAUAGAUAAAUAUCGCUGAUUAUUCAGUUGUGCUGGAACUCUCCCAUCUUCUUAUACACAAAAGAAAUGUUCCAGACCAUUAAGAUAUUUUUAUUUGUAAAUAUUAGUUUUAGUUUUUCUAAGGAAGUUGUCAGCAUUUAACACAACGGUAUGCACAGGUCCCUAGUUUUCAUAAAUAUCUUUGGUCUCUCAGGUUUGUUUCUGAACAGUAUGGGACUCGUAGGUCCCUGCGUAAUGGUAAGUAUACAGUAAGGUCAUUCACCUUAAAGGAAUAAUAAAGUAAUAAAGUAAUAAUAAAAAAGGAAUAUUUUCAUCUACAUGUAUCUAAAUAUACCUUGCAAUAAAGAAGACAAAAAUGGUACAAGCUUCUUGUGAUUUAAAAUUUGAAAUGGCAUCAUUAUUUGCGAAUCUAGCUCCCAUAUUUAUAUAAAUUUGCAUUUAGCCAUUGACCUCAUUGUACAAGCUCUACAGAAGCAAGGUCAUAAAAUAGAAUCUAGCCAUAGUAUUAUAUCACAGAGUAUGAAAAAAGGUCACAGGAUUAUUUGGCAAACUGAAAUGAUGAAAUAUAUAUUUUAACUAAGAUGUAAAAUUAUUGUACGGCUCAACCUCUCUAUGUAUGUUACUGUUUCUCUUUUAAUUAUGUCCAUUUCAGCUCUGCUGUACUUUAAAAUAAGGUAACGGCAUAUCUGUGUUUUAUCUCCAGUAUCAAUAGAAUGGAACAUUGUCUGCAAAAGAUGCAGCAGAUAUUCAAGCAGUUCAAUAAAAGGAGGCAGCAGCCACGUAAGUACUGCAUGUUGUUAAUAAAAUCUAGAAACCGUAGAUGGCAAAUUUUCCCACUAUCUAUUAUGCACCAGUGGACAGCUUGAUGAAAUGAAAUCAGCAGUUAUCUGGUGAAAUUACAGGUUACAGAUCCCUAAAGACCAGUGAUCUGCUUUAGCAACUGAUUAUCUGGCAUUUUUGGGACGAACAAUCCAAAAUGAUGGAUGGUCUUUCAGGAUUUUUCAAGAUCUACUGCCCUCUUAGACUGAUCUAUGAUCUGACAAAGCUGAUUGAAAUUCACUUUGAAUUCCUGACACAAGGUACUUUAUUGAAUAACAACAACAAAAUCGUGCACUGCACUCGCAAUUCAAUGCAGCCUACACAUAACACUUUUAGUGCCAGAUGGGCUUCAUACAGUUUUUUUACUCAUUAACUUGUAAUGGUUUGAUAAUGUUGCAAAUUUAAGGUCAGAAGCCAACCCACUGGUAAAUACGUAAACCCCUUUAGGUUGUCAGUCUGAUGAAGCUAAUCAAAUGAUGUGGUGCUGCCAACUUGGCAUGUGUGGUGUGGGCUGUGAUUGGGAAAUUGCUUGUCGGUUAUUGGGUGUCAAAGAAUGAGUGGCGCUUAAAGAGAAGAUUUGAAGUUACGCCAAUUUCAAAGAUGCAGCCUUUCACUCUGGAGGGUUGCCAGCUUAUUUUUCCAUUUACACGUACCAUAUAAUGAAGAUCUCUAACAGGAUAAUGUUAACGAGUUCUAGAUUCACUGUAGAUAAACAAACAACAGUCAUAAGUAAACCUUUGGCUGGGACAGUCACAGGUGCCUUUAAUGUAACUGCAGAUGAUAUAUGUGAUGAUAUAAUAUGCUUAACUGUAACCUGGCCAAUCAUUUAUUCACUAAACGGCAUACAUGUUUAUGUGAAUAGAAGGCUUUUUAAAAAAAAAAAAAAUUUUAAUUUCAUUCUAUGCAACACCUUUUUUUCUAUAGAGUAUGUUAUCCCCACAUGCAAAAUUGGGGGUAGGGGAGGGCUGAGUUUCAUGGCGGCAGUACCCGUUUUGCUGGAGCUACCACUCCUUAGGUUCUAUACUAUAAGUUAUUCUACAACUCUCAAUCGGUGCUGAGACACCACUACCUAGUGUCUGUACCGGAUGGGUGCUUUAGAUCGGUACUUUGAAGCUCCUGCCUUCAGAUAUCCCUGGGGAAUCUGAGAGGUCCGGUGAAUCGCUGUAACGGUAGAGGCGGAUGCUCUCCUUAGUCCACUUGGUAUCAAUCUUUAAAGAACUCCUCUACAGUCCAAUUACCCCCCCUAAUCCCCCCUGCAGGCUGAGGAGGUUUCCUGGCCCCCAUUGGACUGUUCCAUACAUGGUCUCUUACCACUCAGUGUUUCAUUCCGUCAGCUCCAACAUAACUCUGCACAAAUAAGAUGCUUUUGCUCCCCAGGGGAAGGCCUGACGCUGCAACAGACGACUCAACCCUGAAGCUAUUUUCAGGAGGUUUUGGGUGACCUUGGAGGAGCUUUUAACGGCAGCACCAGAAUUUAAGACUGGGGAUCGGAGGAGGGCUCAGAGUAGAGAGCUCCCGUUAGGUACCACAUCUAAGCCAAUGCCUGUCCAGCCAGCCGCUUGUGCACCCACCUGAAGGCCUCUGGAAGUUUGGCCCUUCAGCAUUGCCCACAUCAGCAGAGGUCCGUUCACAUCUCUCCAUUGCGGGAGGAGGAUUUGGACUUUGUAAGAACCCGAGUUUGUGGCAUUGAGAUGAAGCCCUUUCUCACUCCUGUACUACAGGGAGUGCAGAAUUAUUAGGCAAAUGAGUAUUUUGACCACAUCAUCCUCUUUAUGCAUGUUGUCUUACUCCAAGCUGUAUAGGCUCGAAAGCCUACUACCAAUUAAGCAUAUAAGGUGAUGUGCAUCUCUGUAAUGAGAAGGGGUGUGGUCUAAUGACAUCAACACCCUAUAUCAGGUGUGCAUAAUUAUUAGGCAACUUCCUUUCCUUUGGCAAAAUGGGUCAAAAGAAGGACUUGACAGGCUCAGAAAAGUCAAAAAUAGUGAGAUAUCUUGCAGAGGGAUGCAGCACUCUUAAAAUUGCAAAGCUUCUGAAGCGUGAUCAUCGAACAAUCAAGCGUUUCAUUCAAAAUAGUCAACAGGGUCGCAAGAAGCGUGUGGAAAAACCAAGGCGCAAAAUAACUGCCCAUGAACUGAGAAAAGUCAAGCGUGCAGCUGCCACGAUGCCACUUGCCACCAGUUUGGCCAUAUUUCAGAGCUGCAACAUCACUGGAGUGCCCAAAAGCACAAGGUGUGCAAUACUCAGAGACAUGGCCAAGGUAAGAAAGGCUGAAAGACGACCACCACUGAACAAGACACACAAGCUGAAACGUCAAGACUGGGCCAAGAAAUAUCUCAAGACUGAUUUUUCUAAGGUUUUAUGGACUGAUGAAAUGAGAGUGAGUCUUGAUGGGCCAGAUGGAUGGGCCCGUGGCUGGAUUGGUAAAGGGCAGAGAGCUCCAGUCCGACUCAGACGCCAGCAAGGUGGAGGUGGAGUACUGGUUUGGGCUGGUAUCAUCAAAGAUGAGCUUGUGGGGCCUUUUCGGGUUGAGGAUGGAGUCAAGCUCAACUCCCAGUCCUACUGCCAGUUCCUGGAAGACACCUUCUUCAAGCAGUGGUACAGGAAGAAGUCUGCAUCCUUCAAGAAAAUCAUGAUUUUCAUGCAGGACAAUGCUCCAUCACACGCGUCCAAGUACUCCACAGCGUGGCUGGCAAGAAAGGGUAUAAAAGAAGAAAAUCUAAUGACAUGGCCUCCUUGUUCACCUGAUCUGAACCCCAUUGAGAACCUGUGGUCCAUCAUCAAAUGUGAGAUUUACAAGGAGGGAAAACAGUACACCUCUCUGAACAGUGUCUGGGAGGCUGUGGUUGCUGCUGCACGCAAUGUUGAUGGUGAACAGAUCAAAACACUGACAGAAUCCAUGGAUGGCAGGCUUUUGAGUGUCCUUGCAAAGAAAGGUGGCUAUAUUGGUCACUGAUUUGUUUUUGUUUUGUUUUUGAAUGUCAGAAAUGUAUAUUUGUGAAUGUUGAGAUGUUAUAUUGGUUUCACUGGUAAUAAUAAAUAAUUGAAAUGGGUAUAUAUUUGUUUUUUGUUAAGUUGCCUAAUAAUUAUGCACAGUAAUAGUCACCUGCACACACAGAUAUCCCCCUAACAUAGCUAUAACUAAAAACAAACUAAAAACUACUUCCAAAAAUAUUCAGCUUUGAUAUUAAUGAGUUUUUGGGUUCAUUGAGAACAUGGUUGUUGUUCAAUAAUAAAAUUAAUCCUCAAAAAUACAACUUGCCUAAUAAUUCUGCACUCCCUGUACAGACGAUACCUGUUGCCCACCUGCGAAUCCCAGUGGUCUGCCCACUUCUGGAAUUUGGGUGAAAGAGGACUUGUGUUCGAUGAAGGCCAUUCACUCGUAUAUCUUCUAUAGCAUAAUCAUAAUGAAUGCCAUCUGGUCCUACUGUUUUUGACCUGAUGUCUUUUCUGUUUAUUUUCACUGGCAUGAGGCUAGAAUCAUUUUACAGUUUAUAGAAGAAUCCGUCCCAAUGGUGUAUUCUUCAUAGUGUAUGUACUUAGUCCAUGUAGUGGUACCUUAGCUAUAUCACCUCUACGUAUCUGCUAAGCAAUUGAUCCUCUUUCUGUUCUCCCUGUUACACACUGCAUUUCCCCCACAUGCCUCUCCAACUCUUGCUCACUACAUUACCUCUUGUGAAAUUGUAGACAUGUAUAUUCUAGCCUGUAUACUCUUAUCACUCUUUACAUACUUUACAAGUAUACUUUACUACAAAAAUUAGACAUUUUUUUUCUUCAAACUUAACCUGACCUGUUGCAAUGCUUGUUCUUGUGCAAUUAUUCUGAUUACUGAUAUUCCUAUAUUACAUGUAUUACUUAAAAGCCUAAAAAAAAAAACAAAUUGACAAAUUUAUAUUAUUUUUAUUUUUUUAUUUUUUUAGAACUUACAUAUAAUGAGGAACAAAUUCACAAACUGGAUAAGUAAGUUAUACUCUAGAUCUGUUUUGUUACCUUUCUUGUUUGGUUUUUUUUUUUUACCAUUAUAAAUGCCCUUUUCUGUAUAUUCACAGAUUAAAUCUAGGGACCUUGGCCAAAAAAGUUCUCUUAAUUUUCCAAGAGGAGGUUGUGUUGAUAUAUCAGACAGCUCUGUCACAACAUGCCAUCAGGAUAAGGUAAGGUGGAACAUUCUCAUGAGCCAUUUUUUUGUGUGGCAGGCUCUGCGGCCCAUAUUCACAGUGACCUUUGAGCAGCUGCUCUACAUUUACCUGAUACUAAGACUGGCAGUGAUUGUUGGUAUGUGGGCAGUAGGCAUACCACUUGACUCUGUGGUAAGCAUUGAUUACUUCUAAUUUAGGGAGUGGCUUGCUGAUUAUUUUAUAAGGUUCAAGGGUGCAGGAUAUGACACCAAUUGAGUAGGUAGAACAAUAAAAGUUUCUUUAUUAAGGGCAAAACAGUCUAAUCUUUCUAAUUACAAGAGUUUUAAAAAUAAAGUAAUACAUCACCAAUUUAUUAUAAAACUACAUCCAGGCCCAACAUGGCUAGGGAAGGUUACUGUGCAGUGCAUCCACUCGCAGGUGAGGCUUCUGGCAAAACGUAUAAGAAGGGGCUUACAUAAUUCAUUAAUAUAUGCAAGUGUCAUGCGCAUUUUAUUAGUGCAAACGUGCAAUUUCUCAUAUAUGUAAGAUAUCAGCACAUCCCUGAAGCAUUGGCCAGCCUCCCAAGGAUGUCUCACACUACAAGGAAUCUGCAAACCAUAAAUAUUGUAGGGAUCUUUAGAAUUAUGGGCAAUAUGUCCAAAAGAUUCCAGAACUUUGAUAAGGAGUCAGUUUAUUUCAGUCAGUAUCAAACUUCCAAAAGUCUCUGCUCUAGACAAACUUUGGGAAAAGGGCUUUGUGAAUAUCCUGCGGGAUCCAAUCAUUAAGUACAGUGAUUGUAUUUACAUAAAGUUUUUUUCUUUAAUAUGAAAAUACACAGUUUAAGUGUAACAUUCAAUAUUUAAAGGGGUGUAUGUGUGUGUAAUAUGAGAAAGUAAUAACUUCCCGGGAUUUCAGUUGUUGUGGUGUAUGAAUGCCAGCAGAACUCGUCGAUUCAGAAUAUUCCUGAAACACUCUCUCACUGUUGGGUUGUGCACACACACAUAUAUAAAACCACAUACACACCUACUUGUUAGGCCACCCUUCCUGGCUCCAAUUUAAAUUUUGCCCUUUUACCCUUACUCAUAUGCAGGACAUGUGUUGGGUAGAGUGAGACACUUGUCUCUUUCUCCCUAGCCAUUCCAAUGUUAUUUAAGUGAGGGCACAGGGGAGAAUUAAUGAUGUCAAUUGCAAACCUCCUCUGCCACACAGAAAAGUGAGUUGUAUCAACUUCAGUUAACCCUGGACAUCUAUGACCUGUCCUUAUAUUAAGCCCUUAUCUUUGGCACCUUGUCCACUACGUUACCAGGCAUAUACCAGAGUCUCACCAACUCACUCAACCUGUCCUUUCCACCUACCCUUUCCUGUGUGUUCCUCCCCUUUGCUCUAACCACCAUUUUACUCAUUACUCUUUGCAGUACUCACUAUUUUACUUCUGUUAAAGUGCUCUUUACCACCCUUUGGUGAUGUUUCUAAGAUUUCACAUUGUUUGUAAAUCUAGGAAAAUCUAGAAAAAUGUAAAUAUAUAUAAAAUAAAUCACCAUCAGGUUUGCUCUGCACAUAAUUUAUAAUAACAGGCAGAUAACUUAAAAAUAAAUACAAGAAAUAAUGAAAUGUAUAUAAAUAAAUAUAUGAAACCAAGAGGGCUGCACUCACCUGAACAUGCAUACAUUAGUGGGUGCCGCUUAAAUAAAACUCUUACAUUCUGUGGACCUUGAAAUUGCACUAUUGCACGAUUUCAUAUACUUAAAUACCCUCUAUGGACAAAAGUUUUGGGACCCACCUCUUAAUUAUUGAAUUUAGGUCGUUUCAGUCAGAUCCAUUGCCACAGGUGUAUAAAACCAAGCAUCUUGUCAUGCAGUCUGCAUUUACAAACAUUUGUGAAUAAAGGUAGUUCUGAAGAGAUCUGUUGUGUGGAUUUAUUUGAGGGCUGCAUAUCGGCCAAGUGUAAAUCUGAGAGAGCUUCCUAUUUUUAGUCAGACAUUUCUAAAUAUAGAAUGGUGUCAUACAGUACAUGUCAUGGUUGACAGUUAUAUAGAUUUUGGAGAUUAAUGCAUGCACAUAAUAAAUAUUGAUCGUAAUAUUCUCCAAGCUAUGUUUUGUUCAUUGUCCGAUUUAUAUGUUCUAUUCCCCACCAAUAUUAUUAUGUAAAAGUGAUGUCAAAAACCUAUGCAGUAACUUAUGGGAUGUGAGUAUCGAAGCAUUAUUAUUAUGCCACCAUUUAUAUUUUGUGCUUCCCUAGAACGAUUUUUGAGAUUCAGAACCACUUCAGCCUAGUGAAUGGAUACACGGCAGACGGAAUCAGAGAUUUGCAGUGCUAUGAGGAAACUGUCAGCAAUGUAUGUGUAGUGCAUCUUCAAAUAAAACAUUUUAUGUGUCAUUGCUGGAUUGUACAUAUGCUGUAAAUUGCUUGGACCCUUGAUAUCUGUGGUCAUGUAGUAGGCUGGGAGUUGGUGACUGUGGUUGUUAACCAAUGUGUGUGUCUCCCAAUCUUUCUUGCAGACGUUGGAGAAAUUAUCUCAACAUUUUCAGCAAGUAGGUCUGGUGCACUCAAACCAUAGUCCCGUGAAUUCAUGCACCCAUGAAGUCAAAGAUGAUCUAGUGCUUAGGUGAGUUAGUUUUAGAACACACUAAUGCUCUUGAUUAACCUUUUCUUAACUAUGUAACGAGUCAUCUAGUAUCUUUGGACAGGCAAAAGAAAGAGUAAGUAAUGCCUUUUUGACAAAGUUGAAGGACUUAUAGGCAAUGUUAAUGUAAUUAAAAACCAAAAAGUAUUUGAUGGGUAGGGACUGUGGGCAGGACCCUCUGAUAUGCAAAUGGUAUGUUUUCUCUGUAAUGGCACAAAUCAGCAAAUAAUCUCUGAGCUUGUACCUGUUCUCAGGGCUCUCAUAUUCUCUGUUUUUAUUAGAAAAUCUGUUAGUUCUGAAAGUCAUUUCAAGAAUGAUUAACACCUUAAGGACGGCGGGCGUGUCAUGCCAUCCUUUUUUAGGCGGUCCUUAACGCCGGCGUUCUUUCUACUUUCCCGGGCUCCGGCGUUCCUCCGACGGCGGUCGCGAUCCUCUGCCCAACCCGGCCUCCCUACCCCUCCCCCCACCCGCCAUGUAAUCACAUUGCCGGAAUAGCCUGCUUAUGCAGUACCUGCAGGCUGUCCCCCUUAUGCCUGUAAAAAAAAAGUUUGUAAAAGUUAUAAAACCGUUUUUGAAUUAAAUAAAAAGUACUUAGAUUGUGUGUAUGUAUAAUAUAUAUAUAUAUAUAUAUAUAUAUAUGAUCUUAGCACUUUUAUAUACACAAUCCAUUAUUCUAAGUGUAUUUUAAUGCUAACUUUGGCCAGUGUUUGUGACUAAGUGGCUGCUAGAAAAGACUGGAUAUACUCCAUUUGCAAUACCUUGGGUUGUCUACUUUUGCAAAUGGUAUGCCAUCAUGGGGGUAAUUUUUAUUCCAAUCUGGCAAAUGUCAUUGUGUACUAACUAAAAAAAUGUAAUGUGCUCUAUUUGACCCUGUAACUUUCCAAAACACCAUAAAACCUUUACAUUGGGGGUAUUGUUUUACCCGUGAGACAUCGCUGAAUACAAAUGUGCCGACAUUAUUGCAGUAACGGCUACCAGUAUUGUGACAUUCACAGUUAAAAUGCCAUGCAGAACUAAAAAAAUAAAAUUUCCUAAUAUAUAAUUUUUUUUUUACAUUUUAUUCAUAUUAAAUUAUGUUUACUAUACAAAUAUUUGAUGUGACAUGAAAGCCCUGUUUCUCCUGAAUAAAAUGAUAUAUGAUAAGUGUGGGUGCACAUAAUAUGAAAGAGGUGAAUUACGCCUGAACAGACAUAUAGCGCACAUUUUUUUUUUUUUUUAAUUCUUUAUUUUUGCUGUGCAGGUAGGUACAAGGAAUCAACAGACGCCACAACAGCGUAUUGGAAAAUAUACAUUGGUAUAACAGUGGCAUGAGAGUUUGCACAUUUUUAAAAUUUUUAACAAGUUUGGUUAAACAGUUGCGUCGUCUUUUGUAAUGAGAAAAAUAACAGACUGGGGACACUUCAAAGAUUUUAAACAUGCUAUUUACAGGCUAGCUUUGUAUGACUGCUGCGGUGGGUCACGAUGGGGUUUCAAGCUUGAGACAGUAAACAUACAGUGGUUCUAGAGAUUGGAGUAGUCAAGUGCUUAGAGAGUGGAUUCUGGUUGAAUUCGUAGUCAUAUUGUAUAAGCACGGUUGCAGUUAGCAGUAACUUGAUGUAAAACUACAUUAAAAAGUUAAACUGUGUGUAUUUAAGCUUAGACACCACAUGCAGCAGUUAACAUUGCUAGAGUUAGCCUUCAUUGUGUAGCCCUGUUUCUAUUCACUCUGAGCAUAAAGGUGCCCUGCAUAAAAACAAUGGUAACAUUCAAAAGCAUUUAGUGGAAUCUGCACAUUUUUAAAGGUAGAUACUGACAUGCAUUAGAACACAGGUGCAAAGGAUAAACAGCGGCUAAAUGAUCUAUGGUUAACAAGCUAAUUGCCUGUGGUUAUUAUAUUGUUGCUUGCUCCACUGCUGCUAUAUGUAUCUUACAGUCUCUGCUGUGAGAUGUUAGGGCCAGUUCUGAGCUCAGUGCGAGACAUACUGUGCGGUGGGAUCGUGCAGAGUCUCUGCUGCAGGGGCACAGACUGUCUCUAGGUCAUGCCGUCUUGGUCAGCCGACGCCGGCUCUGAGGGAUUGGCAUGUGGGUCCAGGGCGCUGCGAGGUCCCUUCCCCCGUUGGUUGUUGCCGCUGUGUGUGGAUAUCCCAGAAGUGGGUCAGUAUCACCUCUAAGCUUUGCAGUGGGUCUCUCCAGCGCGGUUGUGUCGGUCGCAUGGUCAUCCUGCAUAUCCCGCUGCCGGCCGCUAUUUUAGGUGCGCCUUGUAGGAGGUUGUAGCCUUGCUUGUCAGGGUCAGGCUUGUACUGCUGUCUCUGCUGGUGAUUGUGGAUGUCGAGUGCGGGCCGGGAUGACCCCCGCCGGCCCAGGGGGGGGGGGAGGAAGGCUGGUGCACUGAGGGGUGUGUGUGCGGUUUUUCCAUCCAGAAGAGCGGCCGUCUCUCCCUGGCUCGGUCGCAUGUAGGCCCCAUGUGCUUUGCGUGGGAUCCCGGGCAGUGUGAGUCUCGUUUGUGGGUUCCUUCGAUGCCCCCGGGUUUCCCCAGCUCAUCCCAUGCCCUCUGACUUGUGGGUGAUUUUGUGUUUGGGGUAUUUUUCCCCAUUGUUGUCGUUUUUUGCAGGAGCUGGUUUGCAGCACGUCUGUCCUGCUCAGCAGUCAGGCUCCGCCCCUCUAUAGCGCAAAUUUAAGGUUUUGUUUACGUUUUGUUUUGAUCACAACUUGUACAAUUGGCUCAGUCCUUAAGUGGUUAAUAAACAGACUGAAUUUAUGCAGUGGGGUAUUUAAGCAUAGUCCAGCUAGCCAUGAGCCAAGAGCAGCAUACUAGAGUGGGGUGGCAGGAUGCUUGGCAUUGUUCUAACUCUGACACUGUAGCAGGAACUGGCCAAGCUUGACCAGUGGAGGUGUGCUGCCUGCAUUUGUUUUUACAACAUACAGUAUGUUAUUUUACAUUAAAUACACAUUGGUCAGUGUACAAUUCUGCAUAGUGCACACCUAAAACAAAAACCAUUACAUUAAGCUGUAGUUGUUCUGAUGAUAUAGUGUCGCUGUAAUCAAGUAUCUCUUAAUAUUCAGCCACCGGCUUGGUUAAUUACUUGUUGAAAAUCCCAAAUAAGUUUCCGAUUUUAGGCAAUAAAUAUAUAUAUAUUUUUAUAUGUGCCUACAAAAUUCAAGAUCACUUUGAUUUUCAGCCGUUUGUGAAUAACUUUGUAUGAUACUGUAUUCAAAAUUAUUCUACAAAAUUACUUCUAGUAUCGAUUUGGGCAGAAUUCAUAUCUGCUAGGGAUAAACACAUACUUGGUUUGAUCAUCCAUGUUCCGGCAGGGACUUAAACUGUGAUGUGACGUAAGAAAAUCUCCAGUUAGGAGGCUCAUCUAUGGCAUAGGAAUGCUCCUGACCAUGAGAUUUUGAAAACCCGCUCAUCCACAAUGAGAUUCCGAAUUCAGAGUAAAAUCCCUGAGUCUCAGGUCAAACCUUGCGAUAUCCCAUGUAUGCAUUCUCCAGACUUUAAUUUGUUUAAAGGGACACUAUAGUCACCAGAACAACUACAGCUUAUUGAAUUUGUUCUGGUGUGUACAAUCAUUACCUUCAGGUUUUUUGCUGUAAACACUGUAUUUUCAGAGAAAAUGCAAUGUUUACAUUACAGCCUAGUGAUUACUUCACUGGCCACUUCUCAGAUGGCUGUUACAGAUCCUUCCUGGGACAUGGCUGCCUAAAAUGCAUCCAAACAUUCAGUAUCUCCUCCCUCUGCAUGCAGACACUGAAUAUUCCUCAUAGAGAUUCAUUGAUUCAAUUCAUCUCUAUGAGGAGAUGCUGAUUGGCCAGGGCUGUGUUUGAAUUGUGCUGGCUCUGCCCCUGAUCUGCCUCCUUGUCUGUCUCAGCCAAUCCUAUGGGGAAGCAUUGUGAUUGGAUCAGGCUACCACUUCUGAUGAUGUCAGCAGACAGCUUGUUUUUUUAGGCAAACAGCAUGCAGAUCUACAGUUUCUGGCUUGAAUACAGUAAGAUUUUGCUAUAUUUAUGGAGGCAUGAGGGGCCAAGGGGGCUAGAUGGUGUUUUUUUUUUAUAGGGUCAGGAAUACAUGGUUUUUGUUCCUGACCCUAUCGUGAUCCUUUAAUAAUGGCAUUUCAAAAGGUUCAAUUCAAAUAAAAUCAUGAGACUAAUUAGUUAAUUUUAAAAUGAGGAAUUGUAUUUAUAAGUUUCUACCUGGGAGUUCUUGAUUAUUGUUCUAACCUUUAAAGGGUGAAACACUUAAAUGUGUAAUUAGAGGAGAAAUAAUUCAAGUAGGACAUUGUGUAUUGAACCGACAACCUCAGGAAGCAAAGUCAGCACAUUAAACUCCUACACAAUUAUAUACAUAAACACUGCAGUAGAAAGCUGAUUAUACAUAAUAGAGCGAGAAUCUUCAAGGAGUACAAAACCUAAAAACGGAAGUGUUCACGCUAGGUAGGAACACGUUUAAUCACAAUUGCAGCAUUUUUAUCACAUUCAACACAGCUACUUAUUGUUGAAGAAUUUUGCUACCAUAGCUAUUUUGCUCUGCAAUGUGCAAUUCCCUGGUCACAUUCUGUCAAUGCCCGGUUUAGUGGAUAUCUCUCUUUGUAAGUCGCUGUAAACCUCAUGAAUCUUUUACCUGUACUCAUAACAUUAUUCACCUUAGCUGAUACAGAUAUAAUAUCUCCUACACAAGCAAAUAUAUGCUUUAAUGUUCUCACAUCUCUAGACUAGGAUCUGGCAAAGCUUUGGAUUACGUAUUAAAUAUGUACCUCUUCUCAGAAUCUAGAUUUCUGGAUGUAAACAAAGGUAGAAAAACAAAUAUAUGUGAACUUAAUUUACAUAUCUGUGUUUAAGAAGACAUAUGUCAAACUUAUUCUAUGUGUGGGGGCCCACAAGACCAUUUCGUUAUGUCAUUUUUCUAUAUUUCCUUAUCAACUCUGGUCUCUUUUCAAUUGCAGCCAACAGCACUCUUCCAUUUUAUAUACAAAUUAUUUUAUAGUACCACUGAUGUAACAAUGCUGUAGUGCUCAGAAAAUGUCUGUCUUCCAGUGCAAUUGUCUCAGAGCUCAGCACUUAUUUACUCAUUCAAGGCUGUGUAUGUCAUUUACAUGAGAUUACAUUCUUAUUAAUGCAUAAUUAGCUAAUUUGCAUGUGUUUACAUACUCAUUUGACCUACAGUGUUCCUAUUUGUGUGGCAUUAUUGUAAUGUGUAGGUGACAUGCCGUUCACCAAUCAUGCUUAGUGCAUACAGAUACGCUGUCAUGGUUGACACUCUCGCCCAUUUUACCACAUCACAUCUGAUUGCAUCUUGUUCAUUGGGCAUUUACGUAGUGAGCAUAUUAACCCAUUAAUAACAAAAUGUGUACUUUUUACAAAGCAUUAGUAUCUCUCACUGGCUUGUUUGUAUAUCACAGGAUGUUGCAGCUCAGGGAUCAAAUGAAAACUGUGACUUAUGAAAUGGAGCAUAACAACAGCAUUAUUGAGAGGUAAGUAGUGUCUUUUUUUUUUGUGGUAAACUGAGCUCUUUAGCCGUACUUUCACCAUAUGUUUUGGAUCGGUGUGCCUGAUCUUAUUAUUGGUACAAACGUGCCUCGUUCUUCACAAUUUACGUUAACUACUAGAUCCAGCUGUACAUGUUCCUUGCAGAACAUUUGAACCAUCUCUGAAUGUUUCAAAACAUGACCGUCUCAGUCAAUCCAUGGUCUACAGACAGACUAUGAGCCAUGCUCUAUAGAACAUAUAUACAAUCUCCUGAUGUUAAGAGAACCCCUUGGAUUAUGCUUAUAUUUCACCACGUGUGCAAGAACUACGCAAAAAGAACAGUAGGCAUCUGUACACAUUAAAAUUAUGCAAAUCCAAUAGUUUCCUUACACACUGUUUAUGAAUUGCAGAGGCAUCCAUACACACUUAUAUUUCUCUGUUAAUCUAAUUUAUGAACCAAAUACAUGUAUUUUUAUUUUUUUUGUAACAGAUUGGGUGUUCCCUCCUCGUCUCAAGGCACCUGAACUUUGGACAGUAUUCUAAACAGUUUUAGAAACAUUGGGAAGGUGUAGCAGUUUGAGAAACUUUUGUGACUUUUUUUUUAAAUCAGAAAUAAUACAGUAAUAAGUAUGAAUUGUCCUGAUAUCUGAUUGUUUUCCCUCCAUCUAUUGUCAAAAGACAAAGUCUCUUUUCUUAAUAAAAACAAAAAACCUUUCCAAGGAUUUAAAAGAAAAAAUGAAAGCAGUAAAUGAAAACGAGUAAAUGAUUAAAAGCAAACAUUAUUUCCAAGGAGAUUACUUUAAAAAGCACAGUUGAUUCAGUCUAAGUGUAAACCGAAACUGACAGUAUUAUGUCAGACAGUUCUCCAGACUUGCCUAUGUUGGUUUCUUAAUAGCAAGCAAGGUCUGGCAAAAAAUAAUACAAUUCUUAAUAUAAGAAAAAUAAAAAUCUAAAUUGUUUUAUUUUUCUUCAAUUGCUUGUAAAGUGAUUGGAUAAGUAAGCCUGAUUAAUGAUAACAAUAUAUGCAUCAACUAACAUAGUGCAUAGAAAUAGGUCUUGAUUUGUUUGUGCACCAUAUAAAUCCAUAGAAAUAGAUUGGACAUCUUCGCUAUCAGGUAGGAAGAUAAAUAGGUAGGUAGAUAGAUAUGUAACUGUUAUAAUAAAAAUUGCCUUUUACAAAGCCAGAUGUGAUUUCUGAAUCUUAUGUGAAUCAGGGUAGGUUUAAGAUGUAUUAGAGUAUUUGUCUUUUACAAAUCAAUAUAAAAGAACAUUUGUUCUAAAAUAAAUCACAAAAUGAAAACUUUUAUACAAUAAAGAUCUGCUAAAAAGGCAAAAUGGGAAAGGAGAGGCAACAUAUGGAUAGAAAACUGUACAAUUAAUUAUUAUUUAUCUGUCAACACUGUGAUCAAAUAUCUGUAUAAAAAUAAUUGUGCAAAGUAAACCAUUAAUAAUCAACAAAAUACAAAAUGCAUGAAAAGACCGCAAUAAACAAACAAACAAUUUCAAAUCUGUAAGCAUUCACAAGUGUGUAAAUGUUAACCUAAAAUGGUAGAAACAGGGUACAGUUAUUUAGUAAUGUGUCUGAUGCUAGUUGUUUCAAGUCUUUGUCUUACUAGUUGGUGUGGAUAUCUCUAUGGUAAAAUGAUGCUGUUUGGGUAGAGAUUUUCCAGUAAUUUUGUGCUUCUUCUCCUACAUCAAUGCAUAAACAUUACCAUCUUCAGCUUCCUCUGAUGGUAAAGAGAUGAGGAGAACACGUGGAGACGGAGUGCAAAAUGCUUUUAAAAUUGUAUACAUACAAUGCUAACAGACUUGUCAAGAAAGAGUUGCUCUUUCACACAGAUCAGGUAGAAACAACCAUUAAAUUCUCCAUGUGCAUUGAACACCACUCAUGUGCAACAUUUUGAAGGGCCAAUGAGGGAUUCUUUCAUUACAGGGAUAUGGCCAGAAGUGUAGCCAUAUAUAAUUGUAUUUAUUUUUUAUUCUCCUACCAAACAUUACUGUAUAUUUUCUUAUUUUAUACACUCAUACACACCAAUCACAUGAAGUUCCUAUCAACAGGAACCAUUAGGAUAGUAAGUUGCGACCCACAAUAAGGGCUGUCCUUAUACAAGAACAUUUGGGAGGUAUGCGUGUGACUAUUACAUGGACAGGUAAACUUGCAGUUGUAACCAUAGCAGAUUAGCGUGUUUAGGACUAGAUGCUUUGUUUGUUUUCUUUCAAUAAUGUGUGUUUUGUACGUAUUAUAUUGUGUUGAUUAUUUUCAAUAUAUAUAAUGUAUUAAUUUCUGCUUUUUUAGGGGAUAGGAGUGGGCAGAAAUGUAAACAGUUUGCCUCUCUCGUGUUUAACUAUAAUUCAUGAAAUAAAGGUACUGGAAGCAGCCAUAUUUGUUUAGCACACCACAGCUAGCUACUACAAGAUGGCAAUACAUGUCUUCGUUGGUACACAAGAGAGAGUUGUAUAGCACUGAUAAUUAAUGACAAUUGUAAAAAGAUUUGCAGAUGGUUUCUCACUCUUAGUGGCCAAAAUUAGUUAUUAUAAUUAGGCAAUAUCUUAGAGUACUAGUGCCAGGAGUCUAGGUCAUUAUCUCUUUGAUGCUUGACAGUUUAGUGCUGUGAGGACUAAUCUUGCUACCUCAAGUGUAUGUGAAUUACAUGGCUAAGUAUUAUGGGAAAUAUAGUUCACAUAUACUACCCAUUACUAGUGAUACUCCUGGGUUAAAUAACACCCAACACACAUGCACAAAAGCAAGUACAAACACAAUUCAUUGUUUAACUGGCUUCAGUAUGAUUGUGCUGUUUCUGUUUGAUGAACAAUUUAAUAUUAAAGUAUUUUUUAAUAAAGUAAUGCUGUAUUUGUUUUUUUUAACUGGGCCUUCUGUUGCCAUGUUGUUGUAGGGGUUUGGAGUGGGAAUCUGUCUUAAGUAAUAAUUAUAGGUAUUUCCUUGGACCUGAAUGUCCUAUAUGGCAUUGCCCCAUCUACACUUCCUGGACACCUUUACAUUUUUAAGAACUUGGAGACGAAAAGGGUUGCAAGUCAAGUGCCUCCACCUAAUAAGGGAUUAUAUAGUGCACAACACAAGAUUCAUUAGGAAUUUAAAUAAAAUAUGAUCUGCAUUCAAUAUAAUCUACAAUUAAUAAAGCAUUUACAG